GAAAAAGGAAGUUCCCAGCUAGAGUUUGCUGUAAACUUUUGUGAACAUGUUAUACGCAACCUGCAUAACACAUAUACUGCGUAUCCUGAUAGACGUCUCUCUUUCUCUCUCGCUGCUGACAGCUUAUUUGCAAUGCAGAUUGGGUCCUAGGUUAUUUGUUUGAAGCGUCACUUGGUUAUAAAAUAGGAUCACUUGGAGGUAUGUCUGGAAAUCAACGUAUUGUUGGGCAAAUGAUGUGACCAGACACAGACUACAAAGAGGGUAAGCGGAUUGCCCAUGAGAAGAGAAGAUGUCCAUGCUAACUCCUAUUCUCAGUCCAGUGGAGGUGAAGGCAUACCUAUCCAAAGGAGAACGCUUUAUCAAAUGGGACGAUGUGAGUAUACUGAUUUCUGUUUUUGCUUUGCAACUUCCUGUAUUUCCAAUCAUUUCCAGUUUUCUUACUUGCAGCUUUCCACUUUAUAUUUUACAAGUGAAAUAAACAUUUGCCCAGGAGCAAUGCUUGAUGCUAUAGACGCUGGACCCAAGGGAUCAGAAGCACAAUUAUCUGCUAAUUGAUACUGUACACACACCAUUCACCUGCUUCUGAAAUGGAAAAAAAAUACUGAUUAUCCCAGUGUGUUUUCGCCCUUUGACAUGGCGUGCAUAAGCCUUUAGCAGUCAGUCUUGGGGAGAACUGGCAGAUCAGUGUCACACAGUGUAGAGCGGUCUGGUAUUAUGCACAGAUUACGUAAUCAGCCUUAGAGUUUUGGCUUUUAUUAACAGUGUGCCAUACUUGGGAGAAAAGCAAGCAAUCUGUUAACGUUCAUUUAUCCUUUUGAGAACGUGCACUUAGUUCAAGGAAGUGUUUUAGAAGCAGUGCUUUACAAUAAUCUAUAACAGCACAACAAAGGUCUAUUAAGGGUAUGAAAUUUUAUAUAUUUUUUAAAGGUUUGCCUAACUUGGGAAUUCAUAUAUGUAUUUAAUAUUCAUGAACUCAUUCUGGUAAGACUGAUUUGUACAUGUUUACCAAUUUCGUUACACAGCCUUUACAAUACUGUGUGAGAUGUAAAAGGUUACGUUGUAUAAUGCCAUUGAGUGCUAGAAUAAUAGUAAUAAUAUAAUUAAUUAUGUUGUGUUUUAACGUAAGAAUGUUGUUAUUUUUUCUAUUUAAGAUCUUACAAGACACACUUCCUUUUUUUUCUAAAACUGAAAAUGUCUUGAAAAAUACUUAAAGGGACACAAUAGUCACCAUAACACCUACAGCUUAUUGUAGUUUUUCUGGUGAUUAUAGUCAGUCCCGGUAGGCUUUUUAAUGUAAAUGCUGUCUUUUUAGGGAAAAAGAAGUGUUUACAAUAAAGCCUAGAAACACCUCUAGUAGCCAGUCCACAGACGGCCACUAGAGGUGCUUCCUGGGGCGCUGUGCAUGAAGACGCUGAACUUCCCAUAGAGAUGCAUUGAUUCAGUGCAUUUCUGUUAGGAUAUGCUGAUUGUCCAGGGUGGCGUUUGGCAGUGAUUGUGGUGUUUGAUGUAGAGCUGAUGGAUUUUAUUGGGGUUGAAUAGAGGAAUGGUGGAUUUUCUAUAUUUUCAUUUUACUAAUUAGCUUACAUUAUUUUUAAUGUAAUUCAACAUUUAUCAUUUUAAUUUAAGAAGCAUUUCAGAAGUGGUCUGGAAAAGGAAUGGUUAGUAAAAGGGAAUCUUUAUUUCCCUGGAAAUUACACUGUCGAACACAAACAUGUAUUCCUGACCCUAUAUUGGUAAACCCAGUUAACCCACCAUCUAGCCCCUCAUGCCUCCCUAAAUAUAGUAAAAAUCUUACUGUAUUCAAGCCAGAAGCUGUAAAUCUGCAUGCUGUUAGACGCAGAAAAAUAAGCAGUCUGCUGACAUCAGAAGUGGUAGCCUGAUCCAAUCACAAUGUUUCCCCAUGGGAUUGGCUGAGACUGACAAGGAGGCAGAUCAGGGGCAGAGCCAGCACAAAUCAAGCACAGUCCUGGCCAAUCAGCAUCUCCUCAUAGAGAUGAAUUGACUCAAUGAAUCUCUAUGAGGAAAGUUCAGUGUUUGCAUGCAGAGGGAGGAGAUACUGAAUGUUUGGAUGCAUUUUAGGCAGCCAUGACCCAGAAAGGAUCUUUAACAGCUAUCUGAGGAGUGGCCAGUGAAGUUAUGACUAGGCUGUAAUGUAAACACUGCAUUUUCUCUAAAAAGACAGCGUUUACAGCAAAAAGCCUGAAGGCAAUAAUUCUACGCCCCAGAACAAAUUCAAUAAACUGUAGUUGUUCUGGUGACUAUAGUGUCCCUUUAAAUUAUCUUAAUUUAAAGGGACACUAUAGUCACCCAGACCACUUCAGCUCAAUAAGGUGGCCUGGGUGCAAGGUCCCCCAGGUUUUAACCCUUCACAUGUACACAUAGCAGUUUCAGAGAAACUGCUAUGUUUACAUUGCAGGGUUAAUCCAGUCUCUAGUGGCUGUCUUCCUGACAGCCGCUAGAGGCGCUUCUGCGAUGCUGGAUGUGAAAAUCGCAACCAGUGUGCAGUAGUUCUUUGAAAGCAUUGAGAAAUGUUUUCCUAUGGACUGUUUGAAAGCACACAGGGCUCUUGCCGCGUAUGCACAUCCCGCUGCACUCGGGAGCUGAUGUCGGCGUAGGAGGAGAGGUCACCAGCGCCAAGGAAGCCCGGCGCUGGAUUAAGGUAAAUAACUGAAGGGGUUUUAACCCCUUCAGCGCCAUUGGAAGAGGAACCUGAGGGUGGGGGAUGAUAUAGUGUCAGGAAAACGAGUUUGUCGUAACUAGUGGGAACCUGUUUUUAUCUGCAGCUUCAUUUUCUUGUAAAUAUAUGUUAAAGAUCAUACAACACAUUACAAUCCAGUUCAGCCCUGACACAACCAAGGCACACAUUGUAUGAAAGUAGAAGUAUAACAAUAUUAAGCAUUGUCUACUUUAGUUCUCUUCUCUGUAUGCUUCCUCUAUGCUGACUGCCAGGUGCAAAGGACAGAGCUAAUCACAAUGAUUGAAAGGGAGACAAAAUUGAGCCGCCAAGUCGCAGGCUCAUGAGAUGUGAAUCUCUACAUUUAAUUUUAGUUUUCACAUCUCAAAAACAUGUUUAUGAAAUAUAAGGGAUAAGUAAACGGAAUAUUACAAAUCAUUGGAGAUUACAGUUAGCCUUUAAUAGGAUUGACAAAACUCUAAAUAUACAUGAUAGCAGAAUGCAUAAUUAAUGCACAGUAAUACACUUUGAACACAAAUAUAGAUCAAAGUGAAACUGUUGCCUUUCUGUUAGUGUGUUGUCAUAGAGCAGGGGUUUCCAACCAAGUCCUCAAGUACCCCCUACCAGUCCAGGAUUUAGGGAUUACCCAGUUGUGUCUAAGCUGUUUUAGAAGAAAAAAAAAAAACACUUUAAACACAACAGGGUAAUCCUUAAACCCUGGACUGGUAGGGGUACUUGAGGACUGGGCCUGGGUUGGUAACCCCUGUGACAUAGAGAAUGCCACAGUCCCUCAUGAAAUCCCAUGAAAACCCUAGGAUCAGCUUGGCGUGAGGUCUACUUGACCUGUAUCUGACUUUACAAAAACAAGUAGCUGACGCCUUUUGUUACAAAUUGGAGAGGGGGUUUAGUCAAUAAAAUGUAGAUGGAAGGGGGAAUGCAAAUAUUAGGCCAAAAUCGAUGAAAUAGAAAAUAUUGCAAAUUUGGAGGUAAUUCUUCUUUGACUAUUUUGGGCUAAAAUUUGCAGUUCCUUUUUCAAUUUUCCACAAUUUGUGGUUUAGUGAAUAAUUCCAUUCAGUGAAUUAUAUGGAUACAUUAUUAGUUUGUUAUAUAUAAAUUAUUACACGGUUUUAUUUCGACUAGAUAAUCCCCUUUUCUACUACCUUAGUACAGGGAUUCUUGGACUGGUUUUCCCAGGGACCCAAAUUAGGUCAGAGCCAAUAACUUGGUGACCAGCUCAUCAAUUGUAAAAUUAGUUAAGUUAGUGUGUCUUAGUUUAAUAUACAGUACACACCAAUCUAACUUCUGGAAAUUAGUCUCAGGAUGAAAGGGGUCUUCAUGUUGCUAUGGAAGGCAGUGCCAAAACGGCAAACAAUUUGCAAAUUAUGUGGAACCUCAUGAGAUUACAUGUGUGUUCCAACCACUGGGAACCCACUGAAAUAGCAUGAUGCCACACUAUUAGAUAUCAUCCCAGAGAUGUAAGGGACACUAUAGUCACCAGAACAACUACAGUUUAAUGUAGUUGUUCUGGUGUAUAUAGUCAGUACCUGCAGGCUUUUAAUGUAAACACUGCCUUUUCAGAGAAAAGCCAGUGUUUACAACACUUAAUAGUAACACCUCCAGUGGCAAUCAGUCAGACAGCCACUGGAGGUGCUUCCUGGCUCACGGCUGCUCCAUGUGCAGCACUUACAUUAAGCGUCUCUACUCUCUUGAUAGUUGCUAAACACUUGCAUUGAUUUAAUGCAUCUCUAUGUUGAUAGUCCCAGCACGGCAUUUAGCAGCGCAUGCACAAUAAUGGUAUUCCCCCCUUUACAUACACUCGCGAGUACAGACAUACUCGCGAGUGUACUUAAAGGUGCCUCGCGAGUACAGACAUUCCCGCACCUCUUCUGUUUGCAAGUGAACAGUAAAUUAAAGGUUCUAUUCUCGCUCGGAGCAGCUCAGUUCAGUGUCAUUGGGGCAAGAACUUUUCACACCCUCUGACAUGGUACAGGUUAAUGAUCUCAAAUUUAUAAUGCCUACUCCUAGCUGAACAUACAGGUGAUACUCAAAAAAUUAGAAUAUUGUGCAAAAGUUCAUUUAUUUCAGUAAUGCAACGUAAAAGGGGAAACUAAUAUUUAAUUACAUUACAUGCAAAGCAAGAUAGUUCAAGCCGUGAUUUGUCAUAAGUGCCAUGAUUAUGGCUUACAGCUCAUGAAAACCCCAAUUCCACAAUUUCAGUAAAUUAGAAUAUUACAUGCAAUCAAUAAAACAAGGAGUGUACAUAGAACAAUAUCGGACCUCUGAAAAGUAUAAGCAAUUACUGCAUCAAUGCGGUGUGGCAUGGAAGCUAACAGCCUGUGGCACUGCUGAGGUGUUAUGAAAGACCAGGAUGCUUCAAUAGUGGCCUUCAGCUCUUCUGCAUUGUUCGGUUUCAUGUCUCUCAUCUUUCUCUUGCCCAUACAUUGUCCAUAUUUUGCAAUCGACUGCCAUCCAGUGAAAGGUUUUACCCAGCCAUUUUCUAUAACUAUAAUUUAGCAGCUUAGCUGCAUUAGCCACAAUUCUAAGGAUUCAAAGUUAAACCAUAAAUGCUUAAAGGACCACUAUAGGCACCCAGACAACUUCAGCUUAAUGAGGUGGUCUGGGUGCCUGGUCCAUCUAGGGUUAACCCUUUUUUCUAUAAACAUAGCAGUUUCAGAGAAACUGCUAUGUUUAUGUUAGGGUUAAUCCAGCCUCUAGUGGCUGUCUCAUUGACAGCCGCUAGAGGGCUUCCGCGUUUCUCACUGUGAAAAUCACAGUGAGAAGACGCCAGCGUCCAUAGGAAAGCAUUGUGAAUGCUUUCCUAUGGACUGGCUGAAUGCGCGCGCGGCUCCUGCCGUGCAUGCGCAUUCAGCCGAAGAGGAGGAGAAGAGGGAAGAGGAGGAGGAGAGCUCCCCGCCCGGCGCUGGAGAAAGAGGUAAGUUUAACCCCUUCCUCUCCAUCCAGCCCGGCGGGAGGGGGACCCUGAGGGUGGGGGCACCCUCAGGGCACUAUAGUGCCAGGAAAACGAGUAUGUUUUCCUGGCACUAUAGUGGUCCUUUAAAGUGAUGAAGAGGUGUUUCUAAACAAAGUGUGCAACUAAACUGCUAACAAAUACAAAUUGGCACUGGAUUGACAGAAAAUGGCCCAGUGGGCAGGUUUAUAUUACUUUUCCUCCCAAUUUAAGGUUUUCAGAUGAGUAAAACAUUAAAGAUAAAUGGUACAAUCUGGAAUGAGAUUUUUUUUUUUUUUUUUUUUACUGUUUGUUUUAACUGAAUAAAAGCCCACUGGAAAUCACUAAAUACAUCACUGGAAAUAAAAUCACUGGAAAUCUGCAGUUGCAGUAUCAGUUAUGCCUGUAAAUUACUAUUGCAAUGCAAUACAUACAUUGGGAAGGGAAAAAAGGAUUGUUUCACUUUAAGUACAUUUUAGUUUUACAUACAUGCUCUGGUCCCAUUGUGUACUUAAAAGUGGGGUAUGCCUGACGUCUGCCAAUGUUUCCUUCUGGGAAGGCAUUGGAUUGGAUGAGAUCAUCAAAUUUGUGGGGGCAGCGCCAGCCACGAAGAGACUCACACGGUUCUGGGAAAAAGAUGAGUAAAUCACCCUUUUUAAUAAGGGUAAGGGGGAGGGCUGAGCCUCUAAAUGGCUAUUUGAAACCUAUAGUGUCAGGAAUACACAGCCACUGCUUUGGGAAAAUAAAGUGCUUCACACAGUUUUUAAAAAAAAAUUUGUUUUAAACAAGAUGAUUCUAAAAUAGUAUGUGCGCUCCUAAAUGAUAUAUAAAAUCAAUAACAAAAAUUGUCUCUCAAGAAUCAUUAGUUUUAUAAGGGAUAAACUCAAUAAUUCACAAGAUAUCAUAGGAUCUCUGCUUAUCACACAAUAGAAACUACCGGUAAGUAACCAGUGUUACAAUGCACCCCAUACACACUAGAUGAUACUGCAAACAAUAUAAACACUGUGAUAAACCAAUAUAGAGCUUCAAAGCUGUGAUGUCUACUAGGGUGAUAUAUGGGAUAGAAACUCCUAGCAGAGCCCCUCACGUCAUGAAAAAAGCAACAGUAUCACACAAUGAAGCAGCGUGUUGCAACCUGGCCCACCCACACACCAGUUUGCAACACGCUGCUUCAUUGUGUAAUACUGUUGCGCUUUUUUGUUUUGCACUAGAAUUUCAAAGGUGAUACAUUUUAUUUUAUUUAUUUUUUAAAAAUAAUAUAUAUAUAUACAUAAAUUAAAUUUUUUGCAUGUUGUUUAAUAUAUUUCCUAUAUGAUGCAUUGUAAUGCUGGUCAAUAACCGCCUGGAGUAUCCCUUUAAACAUUUUGUAUUCAUAUAAUAUUGUAAAGCGCUACAGAAUCUGUUGGCACUAUGUAAAUGGCAAAACACACAGAGCUACCUUUAAAGCCUUCAGUAUGAUUAAACAAAUAGACAGAGCAUCACAAAUCUUUGCAGAUGUAGUAGAUUUCAACAAAAAUCAAACCAGGAAAUAUUGUAUUGCUUCUUGACCCACCAAAUUCUAAAAUGUAAGCUAUAAUUGAACAGAAAUUUGCCUAUGGAUUUGCAUUGAUUUUCAUGGCAAAUUGCACUCAAAUAGUGCCACAACUGCUAAACAAACUGCGGUUAGUACAGGGAGAUCAUAAUCCCUCUAUACGAAGACAUAUGAUGCCAAAGAUCAACCCAUGCAAAACAAAUAGUUUGUCUGCAUUUGUGACAUUUAUACAUUUUUUUUUUUAAAUGUGUCUUACUAUUAUUUGACAAUGAUGUGCAGUGUAUUGAAAUUAGUGUCUAGCUCUUAUAUGUUUCUGAUGCAAAUUAGCAUUAGCAUCAGUCAUUAAACCACAUUCACACUUUUUCAAAAACUAAACUGUAAUCUGUAACAUGUAUGGCAUAGCUUCACACCUACCUGUUUGUUGCAGCCGCUUGCUUUAUUGCAUUGUUGGUGUCUGCAAUUAAUAUUAUAACAAAGUUUGUUAGGGGCAGGGUUAACAGCAUUUGUUUCUGAACAUUGCGCCUACUUUGAAACAGAACUGUAAGAUACCAUUCCUUGAUAUGACCUGUUCAUUUAACCCUCUUUGUACUGAGGCUAGUUUACAUCUCUCAUCAGAGGCAUUUUCAUUGUGUUUGUUUAAUUGUUUUUGUUUUUCUGUUUGCUUUUUUUAUUUUUUUUUUAUUUUUUAAUGUUUACGUUUUAUUGCUCAUCCAAGAGGUUACACAAUAAUAUGAAAACAUCUAUUGGGUGCAUUUGUCAGAUAAUUUUCUUAGAGGUUGCAAUAGUUGUCUACAUACAUCACAUUAGUAUACAGAUACAUAAUGGCUCUGCUAAUAUUACAGAAUAAAAAAGUGGGUUAUAUAGCAUAUCUCUGCAUAUAUGUAGGAGUGCGUCUGUAGAGAUUUACUAAAUCGAAGUGAGGGUUUGUCUAUGUCUCUAACCCAUUUCUGCUAGAAUUGUAGUAGCUCAUCAGAUAGGGAGGCUCCGUGUGAUAGGUCCGGCAUGGAGAAAGUAGGGAUCAUGGAGCACUCCCCUAGGACUAGUAGGUGUAUGUUAAGAGUAUUGUUGCUCCAUCAUAGUGAUACAUGCAAUUUAAGGAUCAUAUGACCAACCCUCAUCGAAACUGUACAAUUGUAGGAUGGUUCUUGUGAGCCCUAAUUAUGCAAACUCAGUGGAUGACAUAACUAAAGUUUGGGAUUAUAGACAUUUCGAACAUAUUAAACUCAGAAACGGGCCCAAAAAGUGCCCAGUGCUGCCUGGGGGGUGAGGGUUCGUCAAGAAUCUACCUUAUAGCUUACAAAUAAAAGUUGCUGGGAUAGGCAUAAGAGGGAUACCUCAUGCCUUCUCCGACCGUUCGGAGUGAGUAGUUCCGUCUAUAGCAGUUUGUCAGUAAGUAUGUAUAUCUCCCGGGUUGCUUCUCCGCGGUCCAUGCCACUUCCCAUCACCGAGACUAUAGUGUUGUCUCGUGGAAAGGAAAUUACGUGUGAUCUAGAAAUCUCAUAUAAGUGUCUAACCAUUUUUGCUGAAUGAAUUUCAACCAUGGUUCCCAUAUUUUAUUAUAUAAGGCAUAUUUUAUUAUAUAGGGCAUAAUUAUCGGUAAACGAGUAGUGAAGCUCCUCCAUCACCCUCACCAUCUGUUUUCUAAAUCCAUUCUCUUAUUGUUGGGGCUGUGGUUUGUUUCCACUGCAUUGGAAUGAGUAGAUUAGCUGCUAUAAUCAAGUGAUUUAUGAGAAUGCGUUCUGUCUUGGAAAGCGGGGUUGGGUGUAAGAGGAACAUCAUCGUCGUAGCUGUGUUGGCUACAUGUAUGUCUGUAAUACUGUAUAUCAGGAUUGAUAUUCGUUCUGUUUGCUUUUUUUUUUUUCUGUGUCUCUGGUUUUGUAGUGUUAGGCACCUGUAGAGCUUGCUGUUUUUUCUGUCUGUCUCAUCCCCACUGGAUCGCACACUGUGACCUGUGGACUUGUUGGCUAAUUGGCUAUUUUUGGUUUAUUUUGGUGUCCCUGUCCAUGUGGUAGUUUUUAAUAUAGGAGAUUUGUUUUGAAUAAUUUUCACUAUUUUAUUGGCAACCAGUAUGGGGUAGGUGUUAUGUAGCAUUCUUUUGGGGCUUGCCAGUUAGCCUGGCCGCAGCAUUUAGUUCAGGAUGAUCAUAAAUUGUAUUGUAGUACUGGAGACAGAUUGUCACCACUACAAACAUACAAUAUUAAGCCCUGCACUUAAACUGCCACUACUCCUGAGUGGCAGCAAUGACUAUAGUACACAUCAGCCCCAAUAUAAGUAUUUUUUGGGGGGGAAAGGGUAGGAACAUGGAAGAGAAAGGGGGUAACCCUGGAUAGAGAUAUCCAAUAUCUGGGCUCAGUCUGCUAUUCCAGCAAUAUACCAAUCAAUUAAUUGAUCUUAAGGUUGCUAGUGACAUAAUUUUCCUAGCCUCCCAUACAUAUAUUUUCUUUUUAUGAUAUAAACACCUAUCAUUUCAUAUUUCUUUUGAUAAUCCGGUAUAGUUUUUUCUUUAUUUUAUAUUGAUUAUUCUUAUUAUCAAUUUUCCUUUCGCUUUACCUUUUAAUACACUAAUAGCAAUAUUUUUAAUUAAUAUGUUAAACGUUAUGUUUUAGCCAAAUUGAUACUCUUAGGCAAGUACUUCUCUAUGUGUCAGGCCCAAUAUAUACAAUAAAAAGCAAAGAGAAAAGCUACUUGCUCAGUAUACCAUAUUCCUAUGCACAUUUAAAUAACUGGAGAUGUUUAGCAUCGGUCCAAUGGCCAUUAACGUGUAAGCUCACCUGCCACGUCAAGGCAAAACCUCCUCGGUGAGUCAUACACUAACAAUUCAGCGUGCUGUCUUCAGCUCUAGGUAAAAUGUCUCUGAGACAGAGAGGGCUAUUUUUCUAGACCCUUACAUACUUCUUAACCCUUAAUAGGGAACACAUGGGGUGGGGGCAGCAGCACUGUAACAUGGCUGUGUAAUUCAAAAGCAUACAAACAUAUUUUGGGUUAUAAAUGGGUUAGGACCAACCAUGCACCGUCCCUGCUCAGUAUGGAUCCAUGGCAGAGCCCGCAUAUUCACUAGCUGCCUCCAUAACUGCUAAAGUAUUAUGGUUAUCUGCCGCCGUCCAACACAAGAUUCGAGUGAAAUGUGCAGUUGUGAUCACUCUGCCCCUAUACUUCCUAUGGCUCCCUGUUGAGGAAAGAGAGUGAAAAAGAUACAAACUUUUUAAACUCUUUUCUCAUUGGGGAAUACUGAAAGGCUGAGAUUUCAGAUGUGAUAAGAAAUACCAUAAGCAUGAUGAAAUCUUCGAUAGUGACAUAAGGAUUGCCAGAUGACGACAUGUUGGAAACCAAGGUGAAAAAUAAUUGAGGGAAAAGGAGCAUAUUUUGGGCAGCAGAUCAGAUGAUAAUUGCUACCACUUUCUCAUUUAGGUUCUAUGCUGCAGGCUGUAAAUAUUGUUAGGGCUGCGUGGCACAUCACUAUUUUGUGAUUAUAUGUUCUGCUCGUGUUCGUCAUAGCUGGUUCUGGGUUUUCAGCUAUGUGUCACUCCAUGUGCCAGUCAAACAGAUGCACACAUUGAUCCCACAUGUUGUACUGAAAUGACUAUGCAACAACACAAUAAAAUACUGGUAGCUCGAGCUGCUUUACCUAGGCAAUGAACUACUCCUGUGCCCUGGCCCAGAUCUGUAAAAAAAAACAAAAAAAAAACAAUCCCAUUGCUAUUGUGGUGCUAAAUGUCUGUAGACCAGAAUUAUUGAAGUUUAAAGAUUGAUACUUCCUGUAUUCCACUAUUGUCCAUUCCUGAAACUGUAACUGUAUGCCACCUUGUUGACCUCUGUUCUGCUGUUUAGACUAUGUAUCUUCAUCACCUUCACUGACCUAGAGGAAUGCACUGGACCUCUUACUGCACCCAUCAGCUCUAAUAACUUCUACUUUACUGAUUCCUGCUGCAGACCUCAUAUCUUUGUUUCAUUUUCCCUUUCUGGUGAUAUGUUUGUCACCAAUUAGAUUUAAUCUGUCUCCUCUGAGACCACAGUAUAUGUCCCAAACUGAUGCAGAGGAGAAAAAUCCAUUGGUUUACUAAUAUGCUGGAUCGCAUCCCUGUCUAAAGAGAAAAUUGCUUAAUUAAACAGUUUUAAUACGAUGUUAAAGACCUGAAAAUAAUCAUUACAUUUAACAUUGGCCUGAUAUUUUUGGAUAAGCUUAUCAAAUGAUUUAUUAGUGAAAAUUCCCAUAAUCAUUAAAAGAACACUAUAGCGUUAGAAAAACAAACCUGUAUUCCGCUGCAUUUAGCUUCAGCCGCCCCCAAUCUAAAAAAAAAAAAAAAAUGGAAAAGUGGGUUUUACACACCUGUUUUUACCAGCAUCGAGAUCCAGUACAAUUUGUUAGUACUCACAUAACACCCUCAGCCAAUCACUGCCCUCCUUUGGUGGCCAGGGUACUAAUUAUUUGUUAAAUUGUAAGAAAAUUAUAUCAGAUCAAAGACCCAGUAAAAAAAUAACCUCUAAAGGACCAAUGACAUGCAGGGAAAGAGAUGGAUAACUAGAUUUGCCUAAACCUUAUGGAUCCUCUGGGAUAAACAAAGAUAGAUCCAUGAGUACAUCUCCAAUUAUGCCUUUCCAACCUUAAUAGUGGAGCCUUAAAUGUGUACUUCCACACAAAGCUGGAGACCUACCUUUAGCUGGACCUGCCUUAGCAGGGUAACUUUUUUUUUUUUUUUUGCCAUCAUAAGAUAUUCAUAGGAGAGACCUACUGGCGCCCCAUCUUAUCUCAUUUUUCCUUGCAGAUUCAGAGACACAGCGUACAUUAAAAGGUAGAACAAAAGUCAAAAGGGAGAAGGAAGCAGAUCUGUGGGUUCAGCAGGAAAUUAAGUCCGUGUUUAGAAGAAACGAGACAUGCUUUAAGCAUGUGAAUAGAAUAUGCUGUUUUAUUACAUGAAAAAGAUGUCUACGUUAACCCUCGCCCCAAAAAGUAACCUCCUACGUGAAUGAAAGGAGUAUCUACCCACCAUAAGUGUUUUACUGUAGCAACAUGCAAUUCUCAAUUAUAAUGGAAAACCAUUUGAAACUGGGAAGAACAUCAUUAAGGCAAUCUUUAUCUUCUGCCCCAGAGUCCUGUCUGAAGGUUCCUGGAUGCUGAUGUAUUCCCAGUACAUCAUUAGACACUAAUGGAAUCUGUCUGGUUGUACAGAUGGAUUUUUUUAUAUUUAACAUGUCCUGUUUGUAAAUGCAUGUGGGGAUAGUUUCAUGGCUGCAAAGUCGAUGUUGACUAUAUCAAACAAGGCUACUCCUAAAAAUGGUGUACUCUUAAAACAUCUGUAAGCAAAAAAUUAAGAAAACCGUGAAAAUGAAACUAAGGUGCAGAAGCUUUGAAAUAAGGUCCUCAAACUGACUUUUAUAAGUUUAUGUUGCAAGUCACUCACAGUGGCCGUCUCUACAUGUGUGUUGCAUACCAAGUGUCCCUGUAUAAGGGGUUCAGUUCCGAUCUGGACUGAAAACAGGCUGGUUUUGUUUUACAUCAUGGUAUCCCUCUCUUCUAGGAACUCCAUGUUUUUUAUGUGUUUGGAAACUAUAACAGAGCUUUAUAGCAAUAAAUCUCCUAAUUAGUCUUUAAACUCCUAUACAUGUGUUUAGAAAUUAGUUACAGCCUUGUUUUAAAUGACACUUUCCUGAAAUAUCCCAGAAUUGCUCUGUUCGUAAAAUAGCAUUGUCCCACUUUGGCCAUUUGAAAUGUGGAGCAGUAUUGUCCUAAAACCUAAUGCAGACAUGUUGACAGUGAUUAUAUUUACAUGAAUUAAUCUAUCAGCUGAAUUUGUAAUUUAAUAAACAACUGACUAUCUUACAUAUGGAUUAGACCAGUGCUCUCACUUGUGGUCUCCUAACGAGGCACACUGUUUUGAGAAGGGUACACUACACUGAGAUCUCCCUAGCACUUAUGUCGGUCUUUGUAGCCAGCUCACAUGGGGGGUUAUUUAUAAAAUGUCUUAACACAGUGAAGGAGUUUAAGCAUGCGUGGGAUAGGCAUAAGGCUAUCCUAACUAUAAGAUAAGGCUAGGGACUAAUGAAAGUAUUUAGAAAAUUGGGCAGACUAGAUGGGCCGAAUGGUUCUUAUCUGCUGUCACAUUCUAUGUUUCUAUGUUAAAACAAGUUUGAAAAUGAUAUUUUUUUUAGCACAUCCCAGUUGCUGAAAACAGUUUACAAAAGAUAUAAAUUGUUUUCCUAAUAGUAAGAUUUCAUUAUUUUUUGCUGAGAUUUCUCAGCUGUGCAAAUUUGGGCUAUGUACUAUAGCGGCUAUCUUCAUUGUAUUUCCAAAACCUAUGUAUUAGACUCAUGUCAACCGCAAUCUUAAUUACAGAUUUUUAUUGGUCAAUCUCUCUUUUAUUCAGUGGUUAAUGCAAAUUACAGACAAGAUAGAGUGUAAAAUUAUAUCGGACCACGAGCUUAAUAGGUAAAAUAAACAGAACAGCAACAAAAACAACAUUCUACUGUGUUUUCUAUUUUUUUUGUGUGUGUGUGUGUGUGUGAGUGCGAGUGUGUGUGUGUGUGUGUGUAAAAUAAAGAAGUGAUACUCCUUGUAAUUUGUGUUGAUCAGAGUUCAAGUUUUGCAGUAAAUAGAUCUACAUAGGCAAAAAAUCAUGAAAAGUACUAAGUAGGAUAGUAGAGAGACAAUUUAAACUUAUAUAUGUUAGAUUGCAAGCUUAUUCUGUCAGGGUCCUCUUCACCUUCUCUUCCAGUAUGUCAAUCAUGUUUUGAUUGGUGUUUCUUGUUGUUCACUAAAACCAAAAAUGAUGAAUUUUUAACAUUUUCAACUGGCAUGGGUUCACCUCUUGGUUUUGUACUUAGUCUAAGUAACCACAUUAGAUUGAUAAUUCCUUGGUGAAAGUAUAUGAAUAACAUUAUAUUUCGGAUUGAAUUAUUUAUUUUAGUUGCCUAGAUAAUAUUGGCUACCGUAUGUUCAUAUCAGAGAGGCUACCAUUGUUUUUACAAGAAGUAUGGAUAUUGGCUUAAAUAUGUACUAACAUUUUUAUUUUCUAUUCAGGAUACAUCUCUGGCCUCUCCUGUAAUCCUACGAGUGGAUCCUAAAGGUUAUUAUAUGUACUGGACAUUUCAGAGCAAGGUAAAUAAAUUAAUCAAUCAGUCUGGGAUUAUAAGAGUCUAUCACCUGCUUACUCAUCGUUCACUAUUAGACUUAGAAACUUUCCUCGACAAGGCCUUAGCGACGGUGGUACCAUUAUCUCAAGUAUUUUAUUGCCACAAUCACUUUGCCACAUUUAUAAUAGCGGUCUAUUAAGCCUUUUGUGACAUUAUGCACUGCUUAAAAAGACUUUUACACCCAAUUUCAACUUUUUAUUUUAUCUUUUUACGAGAAAAUGGGAAACAGGCCGUGUCAUAGUUGAGGCGUAAAUAUUCUGUCUCUUCUAGAUACCAAGAAAUUGCAAUUACAAUAUUGACCAGAUGGUAUAACACUCCUGUUGUUAUUUUCAUUGAGUUUUCUAGCAAUUGUUGGAGAUGUGGAAGGGCUCUCGGAACUUACUCAUGUGUGGUGUGAUUGUGCUCAUAUUAUUGGUUAGCGUAAAUUUGCUCUGUAUAAAUGAUGCUUCAGUCCAGGUCAAGGUAGACAAAAUAGCUUCUUGAUCCAAGGAGAUAUCUGACUGCCAUUUUGGGGUCAAAAAUGAAUUUUUUCCUAGUUUGUAAAUUGGAAGCGUUUCAGACUGGGUUUUUUGCCUUCUUUUGGAUCAACGGCAAAAAUAUAUGUAAGAAAGGCUGAAUUUGAUGGACACAAGUCUCAUUUCAGCUAUGUAACUAUGUAGCUAGUACAUGGUACAUGUGAGUCAGCUUUAUUUAUUAAAAUACUUUUAGAUGUUAAGAUGUAGCAAAACCUAAGAAGACAACUUGAGUGGCUCAUAUAGUAGCUAUUUCGGUAUGAUACCUAUCAAUAUCUAGGACUGGUUAGAUUUUUAUGAAAUGUAGUGGUAUCUUUUAUUUAAAUGUAAUUUGUGGUUUUACAUGAAACAUGUUAGACUAUGUAUGUUUAUAGUCAUGAGGGGAUCCCCAUUUUACCCCUCUUUCUCCUGCCUCCCAUUUUUUAAUUAUUUUUUUAUUUUACUCCUCCUUCUGGAUACUCUCAAUUAAUGAUAUAUUAGUGUCAGAAUUACUAGUUGAUCCAGCACAUAGAAUUGUGUCACACAGAUGACUAAUAGGUAACGUAUUACCGGGCCUUAGAAUGGCCGGACUUAACGUAUCAAAGAGUAGUUAGGAUACUUGCCGAGGUCAGGAGAUACAGAAAGAGACACAACGAUAAAGGAAAGCCAGAAGUCAUGGAUACCAGAAUACAGGGAAGUCAAAAUCAAAGUAAAAAACCAGAAGAAACUUGAAUCAGGAACGCGCUCUCGGACAACCACUAGGGAAACCACGACAGGGCACUGAGCAGGAUGAGAACUGGGCCUAAAUACCCCUCCUCUGGAUCUGACUCCAAAGGCAGUUACCAGGUUCCCAUUUGCAUAAUUGCUGCUCGGCACAACUUUUCCUGUCAGGACAGUAAUGUUGCUCGGCACAACUUUUGCUGUCAGAACAGUAAAUGUCAUUAAUCACAUUUUUAUAUGCGGAUGAAUACGUGACAAUAAGGCCAUUUCAAAGUAAACUGUAUAAAACUGUUUGUCAUAGACUGUACCUUCAACUUCUGGCUAAUGAUAUUACAGUUGGCAUUAAAUGCAAUGCUUUUUGAUAUAGAAAUGAACUAGUACAAAACAAGUCAGAUUGACAAAUAAUAUCACAUUAUGUCACUUGAUCAUGGUCAAUGGAAAAUUAAAGAAAGACUCGCCUACCGCCAUUUUCAAGCUAACCAUUUUUGCCGAAUAUUUUUUGCAAAAGCAAGAUUCUGCAAGAAAUGACCAAAUUCAGUUUUCCAUCUUUCCUAUACCCAUCCUGAAACUUGGUUUUCUUUACCCUAACUGAAGAAAUCAUAUCGAAGUACUUAAGCAGGAAAAGCAUUCUUGCAUGUCCUAGGGCCUAGUACAUCCUGGGUUCUAGAUGUUAAUACCUGACUUAAUGGCCAUAAUUUCAUUGGCCUUGGAAUAAAGGUUGGUUCAGUCUUGAUGGGACUCUGUCUUGUGACUGUGCAGUUGAGGUUUGACCCUCCGAGCUCUCUCACCCUUUUGGUUAAUGUAUCUUAAUAAUUUCCAUUUGAAGUUAUACAUUCUGUAUUCCUAAUCUCCUCUACUCUAUUCCUGCAAGAAGGGAGGGGCUGGUCUUAAUUUUCCAUCUUGAGGUAAUUUUCUCAACACCAGUAGGGCCAUUCCUAGUCCAAAUAAAGCUGUCACAAAUACCAGAGCUUUUUUCCGAAUCACUCAGUAAAAUCUUAGUUAAUCACAUAAUUCCAGCUGAUUCUGGAAUAAACUCUGUGUUGGUAUCAAGGUUCCUUUAUUUUGCAUACUGCCAUUGUUCAUGUUGGGUAAUGUAUUCCACAAUCAUUCAGUCAAUGUUUUAGUGUUGGAUUAUCAGAUCUGCCAUGUUUAAUCCAGCUCGUAUUAUUUUCACUAGACCAGGGUUGGCCAAAAGGUAGAUCCCCAGGUGUUUUCAAACUACAGCUUCCAUGAUGCUUUGUCAUUCUAAAAGCAUGCAAAGCAUCAAGGGAGUUGUAGUUCUACAACAUCUGGGGGAAUCUACCUUUUGGGCAGCCUUGCAAUACACAAUUGGGUAAAACACAGAAAGUGCUGAGUGCAUCCCUUCCCACCCCCUCAUCCCCCAAAUCUACUGGAAUCGUAUUGCCAAUAUUUAGGCGAAAAUAGCUGAUCUGUAAAUAUUCUCUAACUUUGCCAUAGUGAUAGCUUGGCUUCUUUUGGUAACAUUUUGCCAGUCAGAUUUCAGUUUGCUACACUGUGCAGAGUAAAAUUAAACCCUCCUGUGUUUAUUUACACACUGUAGGACAGCAAGGUUGAUGCAUGGAAAAUAAUAAUUUUCUAAUAAAUCACAGGUCGUCUUGCUUCUUUCAAAUUAUUAUUUAUCAAACUGAUAAUGAGUCAUUUAGCAACUGAUCAUAAGACCUCAGACAGCUCUCUCAAAACAGCAACACAUUAAAAAAAUAUAUAAAAACAUUAUUGGUCCCUUUUCCUACCCUUCUCUCAGACAUUGGGCUGUCGCCCUCACAAAACCUUCACAGAAAUAUAGUCGCUCUUAAUUCUCUACUGUCCCUCUCUGCCAUGCUGUUAAGGCCUUAGUUAUACGGUAAUGAAGUUCUUCUUAAACCAAGUGACUCCAGGCUAUAGCUGAAUCACAACUAAUGUGACUGAAUAUGAUUACUUCCAGUAUUGCUCCAUACACCAGCCUUCCAUUCAUAACUCAGACUACAUCAAGCAUGUCAAACUCAAAGUCUAGCAUGGGCCACAUAAACAAGGUUUAAGUUUAUGUGGGCUGCAAACCCCCCCGCACCCCCCAAAACAUAGGUUUAUUUUGAAAAGUACAGUAUAAAAAAAAAUAAACAGCAUCCCCCUCUACUAAACACUAACUGACAGGCACACAAACAGACAAACACACUCACUGACAGACACACACAGACAGACACACACACUCACUCACUGACUGACAGACACAUACUCACUCACUGACAGACUCACACAUUCACUGACAGACACACAAAGACAGACACACACAGACCUACUCACUGACAGGCACACACACACACACACACACUGACACAUUCUUGCACACACAUUUUCUUUAUUGCUCCCUACUUUUUGGAGCUGAUGUGGGGCCUCUGCCUGGGGUCCAGUGGGGAUCUUCUGUCUGCUCCCUUGCAAGGUUUAGUGAUGUCUGCGCGCGCGAGGGAGCAGUGAUGAGCAGGAACACUGAGCUCCUUCGCUGGCCUCCUCCCCGGCCGGGUAAGUUUUAGCAGAGUAUGCACCUGCAAUGUGGGGAAAGCAGGUGCAUAUUCUGCUUUAACACCAAGCAUGUACUUACAGCUCGCCGGGCCACAAUGUCCAUUGUGGGCCGCGAGUUUGACAUUCUUGGACUACAUGAAUGGUGUGUGCCAUGUAGUAAUUUUUUUCAUUUUCUUAUUGAAGUGUUAUUUGGCCCAAAGAAAAACAAAACACCUUCACAAUCAGGCAGUGAAGACUUCCUGAAAAAAAAAGAUAUUCAAAUAUUAAAUAAAACAUAUUUACAUGUGUAAAUUUGAAAGCCACUGACUACUAAGUUUAUUUCGCACAGCGAAGAUCUGAUACAUUUAGUAUAUAUGAUAAUAUUCCUUCUUUAUUAAAGACUUUUCCUUACGCAUGGUGAAUAAACGAUACACAAAAGGGAAGAGACUCUAAACCACAGUUUCCCUCGUCGCUUCCUGGCUAUGUGACUCCGCUAGUAGAUUUUAUAGACCACAAUUCUUCCAUAGUUCUACAGAAAAUGACUAUUUUGGUCCAGAGAUUUGAAUGCCAUCUUUGCAUUCGUAUAAAUUGUUCAAUGCUGGGAGAUCUAGAACGCAUUGAAAUUCCUCCAUCCAUUUCAAAUCUUGAGUGCUUUUUUUAAAAAUCUCAUUAGCACUAGCAGGGACAAAAUCUCCCAUCUUAACAUGUCCCCAGAUAAUACUAUGUUUCUGCAACAAUGUUUCUCAAACCAGUCGGUGGGCUUAAAGGACCACUAUAGUGCCAGGAAAACAUACUCGUUUUCCUGGCACUAUAGUGCCCUGAGAGUGCCCCUCCCGCCCGGCUCUGGAAAGGGGUUAAAACUUACCUUUUUCCAGCGCUGGGCGGGGAGCUCUCCUCCAUGAAAAUCACAGUGAGAAGCACGCAAGCGCCUCUAGUGGCUGUCAAUGAGACAGCCACUAGAGGAUUAGGGGGAAGGCUUAACCCAAUCAUAAACAUAGCAGUUUCUCUGAAACUGCUAUGUUUAUGAAAAAUGGUUUAACCCUAGCUGGACCUGGCACCCAGACCACUUCAUUAAGCUGAAGUGGUCUGGGUGCCUAGAGUGGUCCUUUAAUGUAUAUGUAUAAUACCAUCCAGUGCUCACACCGAUGUCUAGUGGAAAUUGAUUUUCAUCAUAAUUAUACUUUUUUGGUUAUUUCUUUAGAAAUAUAUUUUUCUCACAUCAUCGUAAACGUGAUGUGGUAAGACUGACUUCUAGUAGAAAUAGUAAAAAAAAGGUAAAGAAAACAAUCUACGUGAAAAAAGCCAUAUCCAUCCAGUUCCCGAAGUUCUGAAAGUGCCUUAUGCCGAUAAUCCAGCUAAUAUUGUAUCUUAUCCUCACACCCGUCCCUCGGGUAAUAAUCUCUGUUCAGUAGAAAUCCUCCUAAUUAGUUAGGAUUCAACUUUUUCAGCCACACUCAUACACAUAAUGAUAUGAGAGCAAAACACAAAGUACCUUGGAGUCUACAGCUCACAACCAACCUAAUCUAAGCUCAGACCCUCCCCAAAGGCUGUAUAAAUGUGGAUCGAUAAUACGGAAGUGAAUGACGCAAAAAAAUAGAAUGCAAAAAAAAAUAAUGUAAACAUUUCAGUUAUAUUUAUUGACUUUUAAUGUUCCUUGAGCGUCUUUUAAUCCAGAGGCAAGAAGGAAUUUAAACCCACCCCCGCUACACCAGUACCAGGAACUAUCUCCACCUAUCAGGAGCCACGACUUCUGUUCUAUGGGGACUGAUUUUUAUCUCAUAAACCGGUCUAUAGCAGCAAUUGCAUUCAAUAGGUUUGAUAAAUGGAACUGCUAAAUAAACUGGCACCGUAACUUCAGCAGUGUUUGCUGUUUUAGGGAAUGGGGCUGCAUGCAGUGUUAAUUGCAGACUGAAAAUUCGUCCUAUGAUGUCAAGGCCUAUAUAUACCUUCCAAAAGGAAGAUAUGAACCCAGGGCAAGGUGGAAUUUACAUUAAAAGAAAGGGGGUAAGCCUGGUAUGCAUGUAUGCUAUGUUGACCGAUUGCUGUUCUGGCCAGCCUCGAUCGACUAAAUGGCACGAGAGAACCCUACACAGGACUUGUUAAAUUAGAAAUGUUACAUGCUACUUUUAUUUAUUUUUUCAUUGUCUUCAAAUGUUCUUCUCUGUCAACCACUUGAUCUGGGAACAAUGACAACAAUUUCAGGCCAGAAUUGAUCUGGACAAAAAAACAGCAGUGAAAGGGUUGGGCAAUGCUGUGGAUCCUCGACAUGUGUAAAGGGCAUGUUACUAAUCCGUGUCUGCUUUGUUAACUGUAUAUGCUGAUUAUACAGUCUAAGCAGAACAAUAUGCCCACAUGGAGCUCUGACAGGAUUGAUCGUAUUAUCUUUAGUGCCUGCUAUUAAGCUGUUUUAAAUAAAAACUUUGGAUACAAAGACGCAUAGCUUCUAAUAUUAAACCUAUCAUUUUCCAGAGGAGAUGGAUAUCAUGUGCAUUACAGGAAAUUAAAAAAAAAAAAAAAUGUAACAACAUAUAAACAUUGCAAUAUUUUAGGGUGUGUUUGUGGAACUUCAUUACUUCAGUAAAAAGUUUCACAAAAUGACUAAUUAAAAAAAAAAGUCUGUGGUACAAUAACAAACUUUGUAGCUAAUCUGUUUUUAAAUUGCUUGUCACUUACCGUAAUCCCCCAAAGGUUAGUGACGUCAUUUCUGCCCCUCCAUCCUUGGACAGAAUUCAUAGCAGCAAGCACCAGCUGAGCCCCCUGUCAAUUAAAACCAUUCCAGUAAGGGAAAAACAUAUUUCGAAAGGCUCAAUCCUAUGCCAUUUUGGUAUUUUUGGGAAGAGUCCAUGAACGCGUAUUAUUUCUUUAAAAUGGUCACAACACUUAUGCAUGCUAUUUUCUGUACUCGUGCAUUUUUUUUUCUUGCCUACGCGUUUAAAAAGAGAAUUAAGAAAGGAAACCCACUGUAUUCGAUAAUGGAUCGUGCAUAUAAAAUAUUACAUAUCGAUCUCCUUUAAAACAAAAUUUUAUCUAUAUAGAUACUUUCAAUGUAGAAGAGGGAUGUCAUGGUUGGACAAUAUAUGACACCACUUGUGGAAGGAGUUAAGGGGGUAAUUUAUAUUUUAUUAAAUAGAAGUUUUAUUUUCAUUUUGACUUUUAUUUUUACCUCUACAGGAAAUUGAAUUUGUGGAGUUAACGAGUAUUCGAGAUACACGAUAUGGAAAAUAUGCUAAAAUACCAAAGGUAAGGUAAAUGAUUUUAAGGGCAAAAUCGGAAAAAAAGUGAUUUAAUAACAAUAAUGGCAUGCAUCUCAUUUAUAGAAAAUCUGAAUAUUAGGCAUAUAUCUCUAACCAAUGAAUUAAUUCCAGAUAUCUGUGCGAGGAUUCUAAAUAAGUAUUUUUGUUUGUCAUGUGUGGUAAAUAAUUUAAAGGGACUCUCCAGUGCCAGGAAAACAUAUCCGUUUUCCUGGCACUGCAGAACCCUGCAGUGCCCCUCUGCCUCCCACACCCCAUCCCAUGUUGCUGAAGGGGUUGAAACCCCUUCAGUGACUUAUUUGAAUCCAGCGCCGAUGUCCCUCGUCGCUGGGUCAGGCUCCACCCAUGCUCCAGGCCGCGCGCGCUUUAUACCUCCCCAUAGGAAAGCAUUAUUCAAUGCUUUCCUAUCGGAAUUCCGGCAACGCUGGAGGUCCUCAUGCAGAGCUUUAGGACGUCCAGUGUCGUUUAAAACACUUUUCGUGUUCUAAGAACACGGAGGUCACUCUAGUGGCUGUCUGAUAGAUAGACAGCCACUAGAGGAGGAUUUAACCCUGUAGGGUAAUUAUUGCAGUUUAUAAAAUCUGCAAUAAUUACACUUGCAGGGUUACGGGUGGUGGGAGUUGGCACCCAGACCACUCCAAUGGGCAGAAGUGGUCUGGGUGCCUGGAGUGUCCCUUUAAGGCUCAGCCGCUCUACAAAGAGGUAUAAAAAGGUACUCAUGUAAAACUUUUAGCCUCCAGUUUUGUAUUCCAAGAACAUAAUCAAAAGCAUGACUAGUCCUGAUGUAAGAAGGAAGACGAUUAACAUACCAAUCUUAGGUCAAAGGGUCGAGGCAAACAGUGGUUCAUCAACCGAUGAGCUGCGACAGGAUAUUACAUUACUUAUGGAUAUGCAAAUAUGAUUUAAAAUGUAUUUUUCUAAAGCAUCCAGAGCUUUUAAAUGAAAGCAAAGAAUUCUAAAUCUCUUUUUAAAGGAGAUAAACUAGUAUCUGAAUUCAAAUAUAGAAUUCACAAAAAAGAUUAAGGCAAAUACAAUUGAGUAUUGUAUCAAUAGCAACCACAGCAUUUUCUAAGAUGACAGUGAUGUGUUUAUCCUUUGAUAUCUCACAAAAUCCUUGUCAUAGUCCGCUUGCACCCUCUUGCCCUGUGAAUUUGUGUGUAGGAUUUGCCCGUAUUUGCAUAGUAGGAUGUGAUUACAUCACUGAUUUGCACAAGGAAAGCUACUAGGGAAAUUCAGAACACAGCUGCAUUUCACUUGGCCAUGUGAUCUAAGAAUAGGUUUGUGGUCGUUUUGCACAUAGAGAAUCCAGGCUUGUGAAAGAAUUGGAAUUAGUGUAACCGUUUACAGGACAGAGAUUUUCACAAUAUGAUCUACAUUGUGCUUACUGAUUUGUCAGAUUUUAAAAAGUUCUCUUGACUUCUUGGGUGUGCUCCAAAAAAAACCUGUUAAAUGCAAAGCUAUUCCUUUCCACACUAAUCCAAAUGGAAGCUGGAAUCAUUAGCCAGCCUGGAACUGAGUGGCUAAUGUUAAUUCUGUGCAAAAUUAAAAUCUAACGCAAACAUGCACAGCAUGCAGGCGCCAGGCAACCAAUGGUGGAAAGGCCACCGUCCCUUUGUGACAUCGCUGUCUUCCACUCAGCCGGUCCAACCUCUCGCCCCGGCACAGGGGAGUCAUGUCAGCGGGGGGAGGUAGUGCUAUGGGAGUAAGGUAGGUUUUAGCGGUUUGUUUGUUUUUUACAUUUAAUGGGUGAGGGGACCAGUAGGGCACUACAGCAUUUUAUUUAAAAAAUAAAAAAAUGUUUUGGUGACCGUAACCAUACAAGUGUCCGCAGGCAUCAAACAAAUUGCUUUCUUGUUGCAUUUUCUCACUUUGUCUGCCAGCAGUGUAUUUGCAACUUGAUAUUUUGCUGCAAUACAUUUCUUACAUUUGCUGCAUUCUGAACGGAAUUCCAUCUGUCCCUGGUUUAGAGCACUUCAUAUUGUAAUAUUUACCCUUACACAGUGCUUUACUGCUCCUCCAGUCCCCUAAUUAGUAUUUCUUUGUUCUUCUUUUGACUUCAGUCUGAGGGCCGACCUUGCCUUACACAGUUAAUGUAAAUCCCUUGGCAUGUUUCUGUUUACAUUUAAGGUUUUUUAUCAAGGGCUUUGUCUUUUCAUGUAAAAUGUUGAUACUUUUCUUUAAAGGAACACUAGAAUCAGGAAUACAAACAUGCAAUUUUAUUUUUAUUUCAGUCUGCUGCUGGUGGCUCUGCUACUGAUCAGCCUGCUUGGCUGACAUCAUCAGAAGUCCAUAGGAAAGCAUUGGAUCGGCUGAGACUGACAAAGAGGCAGAUCAGGGGCACAGCCAGCACAAGCCCAACACAGACCUGGCCAAUCAGCAUUUCCUCAUAGAGAUGCAUUGAAUCAAUGCAUAUCUAUGAUGAAAGUUCAGUGUCUCCAUGUCAGGAUUACUGUAAGAUCCAGCAUGCAUAUUUGUGUAACACAGAGGACAGAUAGGUAACGUAUACCGGGCCUUAGAAUGGCCGGACUAACAUACCAAAGAAUAGUCAGGAAUAGCCCAGGUCAAGGAACACAGAAAGAGACACAACGAUAAGGAAAAGCCAGGGGUCAGGGAUGCCAGAAAACAGGGAAGUCAAAAUCAAUGCCAAAGUCAGAAUAACCAGAAUCAAUAGCGCGCUCUCGGACAACCACUAGGGAAACCACGACAGGGUACUGAGCAAGAGGAGAACAGGGCCUAAAUACCCAUCCUGUGGAUCUGAUUGACUGUAACCGGCCUUUGACCCCGUUUGCAUGAUUGCUGCUCAGCACAAACCCUCCUGUGGAUUGAUUGCUGCUCGGCACAACUUUUGCUGUCAAGAGAGUAAUGUUGCUUGGCACAACUUUUCCUGUCAGGGCAGUAAAUGCCGUUAAUCACAUUUUUUAUGUGUGGAUGAAUACAUGACACUCCAUGCAGAGGGUGGAGACACUGAAUGUCAGUGCUAUACUUCUAGCAGCCAUCUAAGGAGUGGCCAGUGGAGGUAUUCCUAGGCUCUAAUCUAAACACUGCAUUUUCUCUGAAAAAAGCCUGAAGGGAAUGAUUCAACUCACCAGGACAAAUACAAUAAGCUGUAGUUGUUCUGGUGACUAUAGUGCCCAUUUCAUUUUCUGCUAACAGAGAAAUAAGUCUCUGUUCACACCUAGAUUUCUAUAAAUAAGCAUUCAUUCUUGUAUUCGAGCUGUUCUGUGCGUAGUUACUGUAUCGUCAUAAUAUUGUCUCGUGUUUUUUUAAUUCUAUCUUCUUCCUUCCCAUUUUUUAUCUUGUGCCUAUUAUUUAUACACUCCCCUUCUUACUCCAUCCACCUCCUCUCUCUCUCUUUCUAUUUCCCUUUUCUAUUGACUUUAAAACUUUUCACUUUUCACGUUUCACUUCAGCUUACAAUAUGUCUUUGCUUGUACCUGUAUCUUGCAUUGACUGCCAAUAAAACUGUUCUUUAAACUAUCCCAAAGCUAGUAGACUUAUUCUUGUUUUGUGUAUCCAUCUCAUAGAGGUGGUAGGUCAUAAGAAAUUAAAGAAAGAGUUUAGAGACUGUGAUAGAACAGCUCAAGAGAAGGAGCCAGCCCCCUCUUCAGCCAGAAGCUCUACAAGAGUGCUAAACCUGGCAGUGCUGAGACAUGCUCAUUGGCUGAGUGAACACUCUGGUGACGCUCUCAGCCAAUGGGCCAGACUUGCAUGGCAGUGUUUAACUCUCUGAUAGAGUCUGUGACAGGCGCCAGGCAGACUCCAUGUAAGUUGUCAAAUGGUCCUUAACCCCUUAAGGACACAUGACGUGUGACAUGUCAUGAUUCCCUUUUAUUCCAGACGUUUGGUCCUUAAGGGGUUAAAUUAUUUGAAAACUUACUCUAGGAUGGUGACAAGGCACUCCUGGCACCAUAACCACUACAUAGGGCUUUAGUGCUUAUUGUGUCUGGAGUGUUGCGUCAAACAAUCUACCAGUGCCCUUCCCUAGAUUAGGCUCUGGAUCCUCUGCAGUGAGUUAUGCAUACAGUGUCAAAGUUACUGCUGCUGGUUCCCAACUUCCCAUGCAAUAUUUUCAAUUUAAAAAAACAAAAACACACACACUGGGAAUUUAUUUCCCAUCAAAUUGUGGCUCAGUGAGAUCCUGGCUGUGGCUAGCUUUAAAUAUACAUCCAAUGUAAUUGGAUAGUUGGACAACUACUUACUGAACAGCUUAUGUGGACUAUAACUCCAAUCAAUCUCAUCCAGUACAAUACUUAAUUAUAUUCAUUGCAAUUACAUGGGGGACAGAGAGAGCUUUUAAUUAAAUAGUUACAGGGAGGCGAUAUACUGAUCCAAUUACCUUUGUACAAAGUUCUUCAGGAAAAGGACAAAGUAUACUACAAUAUUUUUUCCAAAAUUGUUUUAUUUUCUUCCACAAGUUAGUUGCUUGAUGCAUUUUUCUGUGUGAAUCCUACUUCUCUUUAUUUGACAUGCAAAUUAUAUUCCUAUUACUGAAAAUACCAGAAUUAUGUUUUAGUUUUUUUUUUUUUUUAAUUUUCAAAAUAUAUCGUUCCCACAACAAACACAGCUGUUUCUAAUUCCCACUAAUUUAAUGCUUGUUUAUUCAUCUUGUUUGUUCUUUUAUUAGCCAUUCACAGCGCUUUAAAUGCAGACUGCGUUAUUGACCGUGUUCCCCCUAACAGAAUCUCCCUGUUUAUUUUCUAGUGUACGUCACUGAAUGUACCAUCUUUUCAGGUUCUAUAUAUUGUUGUGUGAGUCAUAUGAAAAUUAUUUGUUUGGAACAUCUCUACUUAAAGGGACUAUCGGCACCCAAACCACUUCAUCUAAAUGAAGUGGUCUUUGUACCUGUUUUUAUCCAGCAAAUGAAAACAUUGCUGUUCUGCAUUAGGGCAAUGUUUUUAACCCCUUAAGGACCAAACUUCUGGAAUAAAAGGCAAUCUUGACAUGUCACACAUAUCAUGUGUCCUUAAGGGGUUAAUUGCAUGGUUUAAAUGGACACUAUAGGCACACAGACCACUGUAUCUUAUUAAAGUGAUCUAGGUGCAAUGUCCCUCUCAUUUUAGCCCUGCAGCUGCAAACAUUGGACGUCCAGCGUCUUCUAAAUUCUCAUCGGAAAGAAUUGAUUCAAUACUUUCAUAUGGGGAAGGUCCAAUGCGGCGUAACCCAACCCAGCACCAAGAGACCCCAGUGCAGGAAUCAGAUAAAUGGAAAAAGGGGGGUUUAACCCUUUAUUUGCCUACGGGUGGGGGGGGGGGGAUUAAUUGGAUUGACAGAGAUCAUCGAUCUUAUUGACAUAGUCUUAAAUUAGAGGGACAAAGGUUUAAAAAUAAUAUCAGGAAGUAUUACUUUACUGAGAGGGUAGUGGAUGCAUGGAAUAGCCUUCCAGCUGAAGUGGUAGAGGUUAACACAGUAAAGGAGUUUAAGCAUGCGUGGGAUAGGCAUAAGGCUAUCCUAACUAUAAGAUAAGACUAGGGACUAAUGAAAGUAUUUAGAAAAUUGGGCAGACUAGAUGGGCCGAUUGGUUCUUAUCUGCCGUCACAUUCUAUGUUUCUAUAUCUCAGCCAAGGAGGCAAGACGGCAGCAGUGAGACCAGCGUUGCAAGGGAGUGUAAGUAAACUAAAUGUUUUACUCUCUACAGGUGGAGGUCGGGGACUUAAACAGCCACCAGGGCACUGUAACAUUAGAAAUACACAUUUGUAUUCCUAAUAAUAUAGUGUUCCUUUAAAGGGACAUGGCAGGCAAUAUAGUUUUUGACAUGUCAAUUUCUAUUGGCUUUUUUUUUUUUUUUCACUUAAAGGACCACUAUAGUCAGUGUCACCCAGACCACUUCAGCUCAAUAAAGUGGUCUGGGUGCCAGGUCUCGCAGGUUUUAACCCUUCAGGUGUAAACAUAGCACUUUCAGAGAAACUGCUAUCUUUACAUUGCAGGGUUAAUCUAGCCUCUAGUGGCUCUCUUCCUGACAGCCGCUUGAGGCACUUCUGCGACGCUGAAUGUGAAAAUCGCAUUGAGCACGCAGAGCGUCCAUAGGAAAGCAUUGAGAAAUGCUUUCCUAUGGGCGUUUUUAAUGCGCGCGCGGCUCUGGUCGCGCAUGCGCAUUCGGCGCCACUCGGGAGCUGACGUCGGAGUAGAUGUCACCAGCGCCGAGGGAGCGCGGCGCUGGAUAAAGGUAAGUGGCUGAAGGGGUUAAAACCCCUUCAUCCUAGUGGGUGGAGGGCCCUGAGGGUGGGGGGACCCUAAGGAUUAUAUAGUGUCAGGAAAACGGGUUUGUUUUCCUGACACUAGUGAUUCUUUAAGCUAAAGUUGUUUUGGUGCUAAUAGUGUCCCUGUUGGAAAUAUUGGAAACUGAGCAUAGGUUAGUACGAUAAUUAUAAGUUACAGUAUUACUAGCAUCUGGUAAAGGUGAGUUAGGCCCCCGACUGAGUACAAGGAAGAAAUGGUAAAGAGAGGAAUCCUCCGGAUUCAGAGUUAGUAGGGACAUCCAUAAGAAUGCCGAAAUCAUCAAGGGGGAAUUAAGGAAUUGCAGAAAAAGGGAAAAAAGGAAGCCAAGCUGAACGUGUUCAAGGAAGAGAUGAGGAUUACCAAAGGGACAGUAUUUAAAGGGUGUAUAUAAAUGAAUUGGUGAACACAUACUAUUUACUUAAAAUAAGUAUAAAGAGAGGGAAGGGUUGAUGGUAAUAUGCUGAAAAUGAUAUACUCUGGUAAUGAAACACUAUGCAAUGAUUGAUAAUCUCAUAAUGCCACCUGCUGGUACAAUUGGGAAUUUUUAUCUCAAUUCCUUGUAAAACGGCUUUGCAGCACUUCCUGGGUUGUGUUUCAAAGCCGUUUUAAAACAGCAAACACAAACUCUAUGUAAUCCAUGUUCAAAAUGGAAUAAUGAGGCAAAAGUGGGAUUCUUUGUGAACUCAUUUGCAUAUGCUCACCCAGAAUCCCUUGCAGUAGUAACAUCACUACAAAUUUGAGAUUCCUGUGGGAAAAGCAAGUCUUAUGGCUUGACUGGGGUGCAGAUCUGUGUUUAACAUUGUAUUGACGAUCCCCACUUCAGUUGGAAGGGGUUUUCAAUCACAAUAUUCACCACCAUAACUUUCUUGGUUUGUGCUUCCCAAAAUUUAGAAAAAUAUGUAUAUGCCAAACACACUAUGCUAUGUGUUCUUUAAAGGAGCAGGGUUGACUGUCCUAUGCAACUGUAUGUCAGGUAUAUGGGAUCUGAAUGUGGAUUUAUUAGAGAGAAAAGAAAAUGUUUUUAAAAUACAAGAGUACAAAAUGCAAUAUGUCACUAAUGUCACUAGUCUUUUCUAGUCAAUAUGAGAGUAUGGUACUCCUCUUAUAAUAUUUCCUACUAGACUCAAUAGUUCAAAUAAAAUCCACAUACCUAAAGAUGUAUAAUGUAAAUAGUCACUGUCGCAAGCUGACAACUGGCAUGAGACAUUCAGGCCAAAAAUGUUGAGUUGCAAAAAGUCUCAAACCGGUUCAAAUGGGAUUGUUUUUCUUAUUAGGGCAUUUCUGUCAAAAGUUGUGAAUGCAUUUUCACACUUUAAUUUCCCUCCAGAGAGUGGUCAAUCAAAACCAAAAUUGUGUGAUAUUGAAUCACUGUAUUCCAAGCACAUUUAUGUUUAUUGUACGUAACACAGUCUUCAGAGUGGUAUAUUUGGUUUUGGUCAGAAUUAUGCAAAAGCAUAGAUUGUGAGAAAGAUUGGUUUUAAAUGUUCAUUCUCUGUCACUCAUUGGCAAAGUAUCGAGCUUAUUUAGUGCUUAUCAGCCAUAUGGUGUAGGAAGAUUUGUGAAUACCAGUGAUGGCUAACCUCGAUAUCAUAAAACGUUUCUGGACUUCAUUUCCCAUGAUUCUCAGCUAGCUUUUAGACUUAGGUUAGCCAUCACUGGUGUACACUUAUGUCAGAUGGAAAAUAAUUAUUCCUAUUCUCAAUAGUGGUAAAUGAGUUUCCUACCCUAGCCCCACUCAAGGUGCUGCUAAAUAAAUUAUGAUAUACUAACUUAUUAUAUUUUAAUUUAAUAAAAUCUAAGUUUUCUGUAUGUGAUAAAAUAAAUAUGGCUUCCAAUCGUUUCGUCGCGUUCCCUGAUACCCUGAUAAGCUGUGGGAUGCUGUGUGUGUCAUGUGGAACACCCAAACCCAUCCUGUAAAGUUAAGGUUGACAUCUUGGAGGAGGAAAUGUUUUUCAGUUAUCUUUUACUCUAUAUGUUUCCUGGUGGAUUUAUAAUCACAAUGUCGUGAUAUAAUGUAUAAACAAACACAAUCUUGUCAUCUACCUCUAAGCCACAUAUUUUGCUGAUGGCCUCUGUCCUAGCCCUAAAAGGACACUCCAAGAACCAUGACCCCUUUGCUUUGAAGUGGUCGUGGUGCCUGGGGUCUGUAUGCACAGUGUUUCACUUUUAAAUGCUGCGUUUGCAGAGAUUGAGCCUUUAGCUGACGGAGAUGUGUCUCCACUUAUAGAAGCAUCAAAGUUCCAGCAGGUUAAUGUCAAUUCUAAACAAAACUGGUGUCUGACACCAACAUGCAUGUGGAUGUCAGAUGGGCAAUGGCAGCAGCCCCCUCCGUGCCGCCCCUGUCCUCCCCUGGCUGUGUGGGAUUGCUAUGUUAUCUCCUUUCUGUGCCCAGCUCUGUGUUAUUUCUCUGUAUUUUACGCAGUUCUACUUACAGUAUGGGUAUCUCUGUAGUAUACCCAACUCUGUGUAUUGUAUAGGCAUAUUUGUAUUGUUUCCAGCUCUGUGUAUUGUAUAGGUAUAUUUGUAUUGUUUCCAGCUCUGUGUAUUGUAUAGGUAUAUUUGUAUUGUUUCCAACUCUGUGUAUUGUAUAGGUAUAUUUGUAUUGUUUCCAGCUCUGUGUAUUGUAUAGGUAUAUUUGUAUUGUUUCCAACUCUGUGUGUUGUAUAGGUAUAUUUGUAUUGUUUCCAGCUCUGUGUAUUAUAUCUAUAUUUGUUUUUUCAGCUCUGCUUGUGAGUCUGGUGCCCCAGCAUAAUAAAGCUUCACCAGCUGCUACUCCAUGACACCUUAAACUCUUAAUCCAUUCUUUAAUUCUUUUGUCUUCUGCUACAUAUUAUUUCUAUUUUCAUACAAACACCAGAAUGUCUCCCUUCUAACUCACCCUCUCUCUCUCUUCACAUGCAUUUAGAGCCAGAAGCUUCGAGAAGUUUUUAAUCUGGACUUUCCAGAAAACAACUUUUUGGCAAAGACACUGACCGUUGUGACCGGUACAGAUAUGGUCGACCUUACCUUUCAUAACUUUGUAUCCUACAGGGAAAACGUGAGCAAGGUAUGUAAGUGGAUAUAGGUUUUGUAUUAAACCUCAGAUUAUGAGAGCAACAUGGACUCAAAUUUAAAGAAACAACUCGAAGCAGCAUAACCCCUACAACUUGCUGCUGUGUUGUCAAGAGUGUCCUGGCAUUGUCCCCCAGUCUAAUAUGAAAUUAAUUAGGGAAGGCUUGAUAUAAACCUGGGCUUUUCCCUGUGUUUAGACACAGAUCUACUCCUUGGCCAUGAGUUGCAGUAGUUAUGAUGCUCCGAGUGCCGCUUUAAAUUAUUUAAAUCGGCAAUGACAACACUAAAUAUACUGUAAUGAUUAUAUGGAUUUAAUGCUUUGAAAUGUGUCACAGUCUGUUUCAUCCAGUUGUGUAUGCACCAUUAUCUACACAAUAUCGUUAUAAGGAAUCAGAUCAGUUGGAACAAGAGCUUAACUAAUACCAACAUGUAUGCUUAGAAAAACACAGCUACAGUAAUUCGGGUGCAAAGUGCUGCAUUAUACUGGUGAUAACUCAAAACUAGUGUUUUGCUCCAGAACUGCUCUACUGCUACUUUGCACAGAAUGACUCGUAGUGUUAUUAAAUUGAUGUGGUACAAAUACAAGUCUGAUUCAUUUGCAGAAUAUCCUAUAUUGUAUGAUGUAGAGGUGCUUGCUCUCCACGAGUAUUGUAAUCUAGCACCCUGAAUCAGGGAAGCUGAACUUAAUAAUAAUAAUAUGGAUUCAAAUAACAGAUCGUGAAGUAAGGCAUCCACAUUGUCCUAGUGUAGUAGAAUGAGCUAUUAGAGCAGAUGAGUCACAAAAUAUUGUAAGAAAUUAUCCAAUUUCGUGAGUGUUCUGUAAAAUUGAGAUACAAUCGGAAGACACAGAUAAAGGUAUGUAAGCAUGAUACACUGCAUAACAUACUAUAAGAUCAUUUUGACAUACAGUUUUGUUGCUUAUUACAGCACAUUUUCUAAACAUGCUAUGAGCCUCUUUGUCACAAACAUAUUAUUUACAUGAUUAGUACUUGUCCAUCUUAUAUAUGAGAUUGAUAACAAAUCAAUGACAGACAAGAUAAUAACGGAGAUUGACUCGGUGUAGCUUAUCUCAGACGGGUCUUUAAAUAACAAGAUAAACAGAUAAACCCAUAGAGUUAACUCAAGAGUUUUUUUUCAGUUUGUUUCCACAUUUUUCAGGCAUUUUUUUUUCUUACAGGAUUGGGCUUCGGACAUUCUGACAUUGGUUACGUACCCACUACUCACCAAUGCAUCCCGUUACACUUUCUUUGAUAAAAUGUAAGUGUUGUGUUUUUUUUUUUAAUAUCUAAUUCUAUUGAAAACUGCAGCCUCAUAUUUAGCCUGCUGCUCUAAGCAGCUGUCUUUUACCUUUAGGUAAGGUGUGUAUCUUACCUAUAGGUGAGGUUAUUGGUCUAAAGCAGGCUUCCCCAAACUCCGGCCCUCCAGAUGUUGUUGAACUACAACUCCCAUGAUUCUCGGCCUGUCUAUUUCAUUCAUAGAAUCGUGGGAGUUGUAGUUCAGCAACUUGUGGAGGGCUGGAGUUUGGGGAAGCCUGGUCUAGAGGAAACCUACAAAAUUAGCAGAAUCAGUGAAAGUGUGAGGUGGAAAUGCUGUUAGUGUGUGAUUUAAAAAUAAAAUGAAAAGCAUUAUUAACUCAUUCCCAACAAGCCUAUGUAUAUAUUGGGGUGAUUUUUUUUUUUUUGCAAUGAAUUGUAAUGCAAAACUUAUGAAAAGAAACAAACCUUACCCCUUUUCUGUAUUGGUCCAAUUAGCCCCUCUGUUUCUUUAUUUGUUUUUUAAUCUAUUUUUACAAUAUGCUGGCUUUUUGGGAAGCUCCAAUCCCCAAGGUAUCAGAUUGCUUAAAACAACCACUGAGCUGGGUAUUGAUACAGUUUUAUUUUUGUAAUAGUGUAGCAACUACAAUGUGUUACAAAAUUGCUGCAUACACUUCUACUUUUAUUCUCUGAACCUGAUUGCAAGACAAGUGCUACAUACAAUCGCUUAUACUUUAACCUCAAACACACAAACCACUAACAUUUCCUGCAAUAUAAAGUCAUCAAUUUUAGGUGUAUGAUCUAAACACCAACCUUAUUUAACCCCUUAAGGACACAUGACGGAAAUAUUCCGUCAUGAUUCCCUUUUAUUUCAGAAGUUGUGUCCUUAAGUGGUUAAAAAAAAAACAAAAAAAAAAAAACAUGCAAAGUACCAUGAACUCAGAGCACCAUUACCUCUACAAUGAGUUACAGUGGUUAUGGUGCUUGGCACCCCUUUAAGAUUAUUUUUAUACCUACAGAACUCAUAAAUAUGAUCUGACCUUAUUAUAAACAGUUUUAUGACCAUCCAUUAGCUUCAUGCACAGUAAUGUAUCGGAAAUUAUUAGAUUAAAAUGUGAUUUACAAAGCUGGCUUUUAGAAAGGAAGUAAAAAGAAUAUUUUUUAACGUGUGCAUUGUCAUACUACACAAAGAAGCUAUCAUUUCUGUCCUGCGUGCUUGUGGUUUACACUUUAUUUCUUUGAUUUAUUUUAUGUAGACACGUAAAACUGAAACUUCAGCUGAACGCAGAGGGAAAAAUUCCUGUUCGCAAGUAAGUAACAAACUAAUGUAUUAAUGGGUGAUACAGUUUGCUAUGUUACUAAUGGCUAGAAAGAGACACAGAGUUUGAGGAAUACUGACAAUUAUGUUCUUCAUCUUUAUGGAUCUUAAAACAAAAGACGGAAGCCAAAAAUAGUUAAACAGGGUUUAUAAUAAAGUGAAAAUAUUUAUCUGCAUUGGAUCGAAUACAGCCCUAUUUAGUGGUUUGUUCAAUCCUGGCAUUUAAACUGUUAAUAUGUCUCAGAUUCUUGUUUUUAAAUGAAAACAGUUAGGUAAACGGUCUACCAAUUUUUAAUGCUUUAUAUAGAUAUUGAAUUAAAGAAACAGUCUGAGCACCAUAACCACUCCAGCUCUCUGUAGUGUUUAUGGUGUCAGGAGUGCACUGGUGUACUGCAUGGCUUGUCUGAUGAGAGCUAAUGGAAGCUCCUUAGGAGUCUUUAGCUCUCCAUCAUUAGUGGUGGAUGCGGGAAGCAGCGGAGCAGACCCCAGGUAAGUGGUCAAACAGUUCUUAAAUGGUUUCACUACUUACAGUGAGGGCAGUUGCCAUGGCACUGAUUGACAGCUCUGGGGAGCACUUUCUGCAGUAGCGUUUUUCUACAAAUUAUCAGAGCUGAGAUUGGGUGCAGGGUACUUACUCUCUGCACUAUAAAAUCUACAAACUUCUUAUAGUGCUUAGAUCAGGGGUUCCCAAUAGGUAGAUUCCCAGAUGCUGUAAAACUACAACUCCCUUGAUGCUUUGCAUGUCUUUAGAAUCAGAAAGCAUCAUGGAAGCUAUAGUUUAAAAAAAAAUCUAGGGAUCUACCUUUUGGGCACCCCUGGCUUAGAGUAACUCUUAGUUUGUUCAAAAACACUACCAUUAUUAUUUAGAAUCCAAUAGUUUCCUUUUACGUUUUCCACUUUAUUAAUUCUGGAUUAGUCCCCCUCCAUACCAACUGCUUCCACGCAGCUUAACGUGAUUAAAUUAAAGUGAUUCACAUGCUCAAUAAGUGUGUCUAUUCUGCUCUGUAUUACAUUAUGAGAAUAGCAUCCCUUUUAUUGUUGUCCCAGUAAAAAAGAAGGUGAAACUUAAUGGGAAGAUUAAAAAUCCUGACAUCCAUUUUUACUUUUUUACUUUUUUUUAAAAUUUUUAUAAUUAUCAUAAGGAUUAGCAAAAACCUUACAGAAAAUAAACUUGGGCUGAUUUAAGCGUUUAUUAGACCAUAACAUAGCCAGGUCAUAUAAAGAAUAUACCAGUGCCCAGCUGCAAAUGCGGUCUUAUUGACCACGUAUUAGAAAUUCAAACUUUGAAUGUAAAUAGGAUACGCAAAUUUCCAUGUAAACAGCCACGAUCAAAUGGGCAGUGAGUGCUUUUAAUAACAUUGUAUGUGUAUCCAGAACUUCAAAAGUGGGAGACCACAUAAUUAGUGUAUGUCCACAAAGCUGUGAUAGAUUCUAUACAAAUGCUGUACAACCAUAACUUUUCUAGUACAAAAUGUUACAUAGCAUCUCCUAACGCUGCUAGAAAUUCCAUGAAGGUAUUAACUUUGCUGAUAAGAACAUUAUCACCACCGCAGCUACAUGGCCUAUUCAUUUCAUUACCAGCAUCUGACAAUUCUUUGUACUUUUUACACCCCCUUAGAAUGCAAGGAAAUUCCGUUUUUUUUCUUUUUUACAUAUUCUAGUGGUUUUGAGGUUUAGAGAGACAUUAACCCAUUUGUACAAGAUGUUCUCUAAUCCAAAGUACAAAACAACAGAAAGCCAAGUGAGAGAAUAUUUUUCAAAAUUUGUGUUUGGAGUGGUGGGUUUUAUGAGUGUCAGGCUGCAGCCUUCUUUUGUAACUAAUGUUUAUUCUUCGAAUAGUAAAUCCUCAUUGGUAAGAAAACACACAGCCAUAUUUUAAGGUGUCUGUUCUAUUUCAUCGCAGAUCUCUUUGGGCUGUGGACCCCAUGGCUUAAAUGCUCUUACUGAUAAACUGUUUCUGCAGCAGAGUGUGAUAUUUCCUUUCUAUGGAUAUCCUAGCUGAUGUACCACUUCUCAUUAAUAUGAUUUUUUAUUACGAUGUAAUAUACCCCUCUGAAUCAAUUCUUUUCUGUUGGAUAGUAUUUUCCAGAUUUUUCCCGCAGACAAAAAGAGAGUAGAGCAAGCACUGACGUCUUGUCACCUAGCAAAAGGAAAAGUAAGUUUCAUUUCUUUACGAUCAGUCAGUUCCUGUACGAUCAAUAUACAUAUAGGAGGAAUUGUGAGACUGAAGUAUAUAUCUGAGUCAUUUCAAUGACUGUAUUUAUUGCAGAUCGACUUUUGUCAGAGCAUCAUGCCCAAGGUCAUUGAAUAAUAAAAAAUGCACACUACUCAAUAGCGUUAAUAAAAAAAUAUAUAUAUUUGUAGUUACACAAAGCCAUAUAUUAAUAUUUAUAACUUGUGUAUCUGAUGGGAAUCUACCAUACACUGAGAGUAUUUGAAUUGCUCAGUAUUCUUUUUUCCAUUUCCAAAUAAAAAAUCUACCUUUGUUUUCUUAUAUCUGCGCAAUAUUAAUAAUGAAAUCGACAAAUUUAACCAACUGUAUUCAGGGUUUGGGACAGUGCUUCAUGCUCUCUAAUUGGUUUUCAGAAUGAUUCAAUUAACCCUGAGGAUUUUCCAGAAUCAGUCUUCAGAACCUUCCUCAUGCACCUGUGCCCACGGCCAGAGAUUGAUGAAAUCUUCACAUCUUAGUGAGUCACUAAAUGAAAUGCACUCCUGAACUUAAAAAAGUGAAAGAAAAAAAUGUAAAUCUCAUAGAGUAGAUCAUAAGGUGAAAAAAUGCACAAUGUAAACUGUUUAAAGUUGAGUCGUAGGUCAGAAUCAGCCUUUCAUUCUUCUUUGGUCAGCCUUUCCUUCUUCUUUGGUCAAUGUAAUUAGUACUCAAGUUGGCUAACAGCAACAUUCAAAGCUUAGGGCAAGGGUACGCAACCUUCAGACUGUUGUGGACUACAUUUUCCACAGGAGUACCGAAGGUUGCCUGUCCCUGGCUUAGGGUAUACUUGUAUGCAAAAAGAGUGCUUUAAUGUAGGAUUCAAAGUUUGACACUUUUUACUGUAAGAAUGCAAAAAUAAAGUUUGGAAAUGGGUAAAACAAACAGGUAGCCAUCUUUGUGACCACGUUAUAAGCAAGCGUGGGAUAGGCAUAAGGCUAUUCUAGCUAUAAGAUAAGGCCAGGGACUAAUGAAAGUAUUUAGAAAAUUGGGCAGACUAGAUGGGCAGCAUGGUUCUUACCUGCCAUCACAUUCUAUGUUUCGUAUGCUUUUAUUUUGUAAAAUAUUCAUCUUCUGUUGUGUUCUUAGCCACUCGAAGGCCAAGCCCUACAUGACGAAGGACCAUCUCACCAAGUUCAUCAACCUGAAGCAGAGAGACUCCCGACUAAAUGAGUUGCUUUUCCCACCUGCCAAACAUGAACAGGUGCAACUUCUUAUCGAAAAAUACGAGCCAAGCGUGAUCAAUGUACAGAGAGGUGAGACCCAUAUAUUAAACAAAAAAACUUUAUAGUGAACGAGUGUGAUACGGUGGACUUACAAUAUUCUGAUUUUCUUUGUGUCCAUGGUGGUUAUUUGAAUUUGUCCAUGUUCGUUGUUUUUUUUUUUCUUCUCAUUGAUUUUUCUCUCUCUUCUAGGGCAGCUGUCUCCGGAAGGAAUGGUCUGGUUCCUUUGUGGAUCAGAGAACAGCAUUGUAGCAGUAGAGAAAUUACCAGUGAAUCAGGACAUGACCCAGCCACUAUCCCACUACUUCAUCAAUUCCUCUCACAAUACCUACCUCACAGGUACUGCUCUCAUAAAUUAAUACAAUACAGUAACCCAUCCAUAAUACCUACCACACAGGUCCUGCUCUCAUAAAACAAUACAAUACAGUAACCCAUCCAUAAUACCUACCACACAGGUCCUGCUCUCAUAAAACAAUACAAUACAGUAACCCAUCCAUAAUACCUACCACACAGGUCCUGCUCUCAUAAAACAAUACAAUACAGUAACCCAUCCAUAAUACCUACCACACAAGUCCUGCUCUCAUAAAACAAUACAAUACAGUAACCCAUCCAUAAUACUAACCUCAGAGGACAAUAUAAUACAGUAACCCAUCCAUAAUACUAACCUCACAGGUGCUGCUCUCAUAAUACAAUACAGUAACCCAUCCAUAAUACUAACCUCACAAGUCCUGCUCUCAUAAAACAAUAUAGUACAGAGUCUCAUUCAUAAUACCUACCUCACAGGUCCUGCUCUCAUAAAAUAUAAAGCAGGCGCCCAUCCAAAAUAUUUACCUCACAGGUAUUGUUUCCAUAGCACAGUAUAACACAGGAACCUAUUCAAAACCCUUACCUCACAGGUACUGCUCUGUCAUAAAAUGCGUUACCUGGACUCCAUCUAUAAUACCGACAAAGUUACUCUCCCUGUCAGAAAAACUAGAAAAACCACUUUAUUUUAUUUAUUCUCAGCUGGUCAAUUUUCUGGAGUCUCCUCCCCUGAAAUGUACAGACAGACCUUACUCUCGGGCUGCCGCUGCGUAGAACUGGAUUGCUGGAAAGGCAAACCACCGGAUGAAGAGCCGAUUAUCACACAUGGCUUCACCAUGACGACUGAGAUUCUUUUUAAGGUGAGAGGUGACCUCACAGUACUCUCAGACAUAUAAAUUAAACCUGUGAGGGGGCACUAUUCUGAUAAUCUCUACAACAGAUGCACAUAUAUCAAACAGGGUUAUUCACUAAAACAGUGCUGGAUUAAGAGUCUAUUGGUAAGUUACUGACAAUCAUGAUAGGCCUAAUCAGAGAGUCUUAAACACAGAAAGCACUACAAAAGUCACACCUCCCCCGUGUCUUGGUUCUGAUGGAGCUAGUGCUGGAGCGACUCUUGCAAGAUGCAUUUUAGAGGAAGACUCCGAUGGGAUGAAUGGAUUUUAUUUUUUGUUAUAUCUUGGUAGAUAUACCCCAAAUAAAGAACAUGCAAGCAUUUCAUUAUGUGUUUCUUCAUUGUGGAUACAUCUAAAAACAGCUUGCAAAAGUUGCAGUUCUCUUGUUUGCAAGCCCACCCUUUCUAAUCCAGCCCAAAUGGUCUAUGGCUGACCAAUCAUAGACUCCCCAAUGCAGCUCAGUGAGACUUCUUUGCAAGGCAGGUGUUCUGGACAUUUUCUGCCUUUUGAGUUUGAACUAUCCAAACCAAGAAGUAACAGAAGUGGUUGUAUAAUUGACAGCCAAGUGGCGUGUAACAAGAUUAUUUAUAAAAGUGCCAAUUUCUAUUGAAAUCCACACUUUUUGCAAAAUGGAGGGGAAAAAGAAGACACUCUUCAUACAUAAAGCACAUCAGCAAGCUAAGGUGUUCCUUUAAGCCUAUACAUACGCUCUAUCAAACUUUCUAUUCUGUCUCUCAAACCAGUCUAUCCCCACAGGUCUUUACUCCUGUCUCUCACUAAUCACAAACUCUAAAUCCUCUCUCUUCAGGACUCAAUUGUUCACCACUCUCUUUCCCUUCUAACCAUUAGUAAGUUUGUUAAUUAUUUUAUAGCCAGUCAGCCCACUACAGUUAUUUAAUUUUUUAUUGUUGCAUCCCUCAUAUGUUCCAAUUCUUCCUGCACUUUAUUUAAGAGCAGGUACAUAUGAAGAGUAUAAGGCUAAUUUAGGCUUAUUUUAAGGAACGGAGCUCCAUUGGCUCCUAUAUUAAUCCGGUCCUGCACUAAAAUGUAAAUGGUCAGGGUGCUAAGUGAUUGCAGAAUAACUGUGAAAUAUUUGUGGCCACAAUAGCCAGGCUGAACAGCUCCAUUUUCACAUUGGCUUUACAUUUUGAAAUUCAUUUUUAAAUCACUUAUACUCCGACAGUUCACACCAUGGUAAAUUGCCCUGUCAAUAUGACGACCAGAGACGAGAUCCAUUCCCUCCAUCCUUCCAUGCUCCAACAGUUGGUAGCCAGAAGGCAAUCGAAAACAUGUUAUCAUUUUUCAAAAGAGUGGGAAAAAGGGUAAAGGGCAGCCCCCAGGCAGGAAUUGUGAGAACAAAAAAGGCACCUGUUAUGUUGACUAUAAACAAUAAUACCAAUUAUUUUCCUUAUAAUGAACAUAAAUUAAACCAUGUAUUUACUCAAGACUAGAACUGUAAAUGACCAACUUGAUAACUAUUGGGGAUGACAAUAACAGAAUAUUAUAUAAAUACAAUCCUUGGUAUCAUUCUUUUUUUUUUUUUUUAAACCCUUUCAAUAAAUCUUGGUUGGUUUGUUAUUUUGUGAAUCUGCUGAUAACACUCCCAGCUUUUGAGGCAGCCAGGGUUAUUCAGAAAAAAACACAAACUGCUCGGAAUUCACCAGGGUAACUGCAAAAUUAAAGCCAAAUAGCCAAAGUGAAACAAAUCUGUUGGUGUAAAAUUUGCAAUUCCUUGUUCAGUUCACAAAAAGUCUAGUUUUAAUUAUUAUUUUGUGAUCAACAGGAUUACUUGCUCACUAGAGAAUGUGCAAGACAGAUCAGGAACAAUUACUUCCUGGAACAGGAGUGUGGCACCAGGAAAUAAUGUCUUCUUUUUGUCUUAUACCACAUGUACAUGGGAAACGUGUAAUCCAAUCACAUUACGUUUCCUUUUUACUGUAAGAACAAUAAGGAUGUGGAAUUCUCAGCCUGAAGAGGUGGUUUUAUCAGAGUCCAUACAGAUGUUUAGACAGCAAUUGGAAAAAAUACUUGCAAAAACAUAUAUAUAGAGAUAUAAUUUUUAAUUAGUGAGUUAAGUUUCUUGAUCCAAGGAGACGUGCCAUUCUGGGGUCAAGAAGGAAUUUCUUCCUAGUCUGUUGCAAAAUUGGAAGCACUUUUUUUGCCUUCUUGUAGAUCAACAGCAAAAAUAAAUGUGAGAAAGGCUGAGCUUGAUGGAUGCAUGUGUCAUUUCUGCUGUGUAACUAUGUCAUUAAUGUGCUUUGGUCAAGUUUGUUUGUCUUUACUGUAAUAUAACUAAUAUUCAUGGCACUGAAUGUCAUGCUUUUCCUGUUAGGAUGUGAUUGAAGCCAUCGCCGAAUCUGCUUUCAAAACAUCUCCUUAUCCAGUGAUUCUCUCCUUUGAGAACCAUGUUGACUCGUGAGUACUAUUUACUAUUUACAGAACGUAAAGUGUAUUCAUGACAUGGAGGCAAGUAUUAAUACUUAAAAAUAUUUUCUUUGCUGCUGAAGGAAUUAAAGACAGAGUGCAGCAUUAAUACAAGCCUCCGUUUUCAAUAACAUUUACAUUUGUCACGCUAACAUAUUUAAUGCCGUUAAACCGGUCCUAGUUGUGACGGUAAGGGUUUUUUUUUUUGCUGUUUUUUUCCUUCUGUCACCCACUAAUAAAUUUUUCAUCUGAUAUUUGAAAGGAAUCAUAACCAGUACUGCUCAGAAUAGUGAUUGUGUUGCCAAGAUUAACUGGGUGAUGUUCCUCCUUUUUAUAUGAAACCGUUUUGGAAAUGUUUGACCAAAACAACAGAAAUCUCUGUAGUAUGAGGAGACUGCUCCCUCUUUCGGCACACUGAUAAUACAGUACUUACACAUCUGCUUUCAGUGUCAGUUGUGUCAAAUCUGGAUGGUAGAUAUAGACUGGAAGCAUAAGGGCAGGUUGUAGUUGUGAUAUUGUUUAGAGUGUCCCUUUAAAUGAACACUAACCACCAUAACCACUUCUCACCUGCGGUUUGCCACGUAUCGCUCCUUGAAAGCUAGAAUGUCUCUCUCUGAGAUAAGCAUGGCUUACCUCACUGGGUGAGAGCGAUCAUCUAAUGCGGUUAGCCAAUUAACUAGCCCUGCAUUGCACAGUUUAGCUCAGGAGUGCUCACAGGAGUUUCUCCAUUGUAGCCUCAGGGAGGUGGGAAGGGUGCCCCAUGGACCCCAGGUAAGAAGUUUAACUGUCCUGAAACAGACUACAGUGAUCCUUAGUGGUUAUGUUGCCUGGAGUGUUCCUUUAAUAGAUCUACUACAAAGAAGGUCUUGUAAUGAUUAUGGUUUUAUGGCACAGGUAACUUCAAAGGGAAAAAAAACAAUUGAUGCAGUAAUUGCUAGAUCAAUUGUCGUUCAGCCUUUUCCUGCAUUUUCACCCAAAUGUAUGCUUGAAUACCUCCUAAAUGAUGAUCUUGAUGUAUCCAUCUAUUGUUAGUGCUGACAAUGCUCUUGUUUAGUUUAGAUUAUAAGCCCUUUAAUUGUAAUAUUAAUAUUGCUUGUACAGUAUAGUCUAUUUUAUGCUUUUAAUUAACAACAACAAACAAAUCUGUAUUGUAAAGGGAAUAUUUUGUUGAUGGAUAUCAAAAUACAUAUUUAUUUAUCCACCCCUCUAGGGCUAAGCAGCAGGCGAAGAUGGCAGAUUACUGUAGAUCCAUUUUUGGAGACAUGUUGCUGACCGACAUACUGGAAAAAUAUCCGGUGAGUGAAUCAAAAAAUGUCACAAUUUAUGUGCCACAUUUUUUUUAUAUAAUACUUUUAUACCCUACAAAUUUGUAACUAUUUAUUUUAUUUUAAAGGUAUACUCAAAAUAUACUACAUGUUUUGCAGCAAUAAGUAACAGCUUCUAAUUGCAGGCUUAAUUUCUUUUAAACCGUGUCUAAACCUUACGAGUUUUGUGUUAACAGAUGAGGAACCAUUUUGUUUUAAGAAAGCCUACACUGAGGCAUCCCAAAAAUUACCUGACACCAUAUGAAGAACAGUGCAUACUUUAUUUUGAUUCAAAACUUUUAGUACAGUGUUAGAAAUGGCAAAUACAUUCAUUCUUCCUGAUUAAAACACUUUUCAAGCUGCAUGAAAGCAGGACAGGUUCUGUAAAAGUUCUGCAAAUAACUUUACAAAUUUUACAUUUCACAGCUCUUAAGCUUUAGCUGUCCGCACCAGGAUGUGAGAAACCUUAGGGCUUCCGAAAGCACUGGGCAAAUGGCUAAUAAGAAUUCUACCACUAUGUGCAGUAGCCGGUAUUUCAAGGGUUGCCAGUGGUGACAAGUAUGGGAAUUGAGUUUAAAAAUGAUUUCCAUGGUGGGUUAUAGGAGUUGGGUUUCGUGGAGGUGGGAGACUGAAGGUGGCUGAAUAAAUGAUGUGUUCAAAGUUGGAGAGUAAUAAAAGAAAUAACUUACCUGAAGCAUGUACAGGGCUUGGCUGGUGGGGUUUCGGUACCUUUUCAGGGUUGCUGGCACCAACGUGGUUGUAGGCACCAACAGUGUAUUCCAAUUUGGUGGCAGCGGCGAAGGCCUGAUGGAUCGGGAACAGCUCGUUUAGUGGCGGCAUGACUUGCAGGCCUGAGUUUCGCAUUCGGUGCCCGAAGAUCGCUAGAAAUGGUUCACAGAAUGCCUCCAAAAUGGCACGAGCGUAAAGUUGUGCCAUAAGACUCUUCACCAAGAUGAUUUUGGGUGUAGUGGUUCCAGUUGGAGGACCAGAUGGCUAUGGAAGAGUAUUUUGUCUCUUUCGAAGUGCGGCCAGUUCAGGAAGUCUUUGAACUCGCAAGUACUUUAUUUAUGUGGUUAUCUUGAUAAAAAGACAACAUAAAAGAUGGAUCACAUUGACAUUUUUCCUAUAAAAUAUAGACUGUGGGGUUUUCUUUAUCAGAUGGAAAUAUGUUUGAAAGCUGUGUCUUAAUCAUUUUUCAGCUGAAACCUGGAUCCCCAUUGCCUAGCCCUCAGGAAUUAUUUGGAAAAAUCCUAAUUAAAAACAAAAAGAAUCAGUCUUUCAUAAGUCCUGAGAAAAAGGCACAAACUAGCGAUGCAACUUCUGCAGAUCCAACGAAUUUAAGUGAAAAACCAGGUACAAAAAUGUAAAACAAAUCAUUCUUGCUAGUUUAUUUUCAGUGUGUAUAUAUGUGUGAGUCUGUCUUGUUUUAAAUACAUUUGCCAAGAUCUCUUUGUGAGUAUUGCUAUAUUUCUCAACGUCCUAUAAUGAGACAAAUUUGAUGUUUGUAUGUAGAUGAAGGGACGGAAGAGGAUGCAGUGAAGGAGACAGAAAAUGAAGAGACGGCAGAAAACUUAAAUGAAGAAGAGAUGAAGCAGAUGCAGUCGGAUGAGGUGUUUGGUCUUGUUUUGUUUUUUUCCUCAGUUUUGAAGGCUAGACCUUAAAGGGACACUAUAGGCACCAAGACAACUUUAGCGUAAUGAAGCAGUCUUGGUGUAUAGAUCAUGCCUCUAAAGUUUCACUGCUCAAUUCACUGCAAUUUAGGAGUUAAAUCACAUUUGUAUCUGUUUAUGCAGCCUUAGCCACACCUCCCCUGGCUGUGACUGACUGCAUAACAAAACGGUUUCAUUUUCAAUCAGAUGUAACUAUAAACGUUUUUAUCUCCUUCUCUGUAAAUUGAACUUUAAUAGCACACAGGCAAGCUAUGAACAGUAUAAACAAAUCAGAAGAUAAGAGAAUCUAAAUUAAACAGAAUUUGCAAUAAAGGAAGUGUAAACAUUAGAUUAUUUUUUACAGGAAGUGUUUAAAGGCUGUGUAAGUCACAUGCAGGGAGGUGGGUCUAGGGCUGAUUUAAAAAAGUGAUUUAACUUCUAAAUGGCAGAGAAUUGAGCAGUGAGACAGCAGGGGCAUGGUCUAUACAUCAAAACUACAUCAUUAAGCUAAAUAUGUUUUGGUGACCAUAGUGUCCCUUUAUCAUGGUGUCUUAUCACCAAAAGCUUUAGUGUUCUUGUGGCAUAUAAAUGGGCUGCACAACAUGUUAGUAGAUUCUAUUUCUGGAUCAAAAGAUACAAAUGUUUUUAAAAUGUGCAACAUGAGCUACUUCACAGAGGCAACACUUGAUUAAUGCUUUGGAUUUUUUUAAAUAUAGUUCCUUUUGCAAUUACAAGUAAAUAGAAGUAAGACAGAUGUACAGAAAGACAAAGUAUUAAUGUGACAGUCUGGGUAUGUAUAUUGUUCACUCGCUUUUCUUAACGAAGAUACUGACCAGCUGAGAGCGUCAGCUGACGCUUGCUGCCCAUCAGUGGUGCCAGGUCCAAUGCUUCUUGAUUCAAGCCUUGGACAGUCAGCAGAAGUACAUAGGCAGAACAAAUGGGUCAGUUUGAUAACUUUGGGGUUAAACUCCUUCAGGUAAGCGUGGACCUCCUCCAACCAUAACAACUUAAUUGUGAUUAAGCGGCUAUGGUGCCCAGAGUGUUCCUUCAAACAAAUUCAGAGGUCAUAAUCAAUGCAUAAGAAAACACACAGAUAAAACUGUUAAAUGGAUCAUAAAACUACAAAAUAUAAUCAUAUCAUUAUAAAAUUCCGAAAUCAAAAAAGAUAGUUUGGGAGGGGUGAUAAUGGGAAAGACCAUGCUACAUCUAAAGGAGAGGGUGAGAUGUGACAUUGCUUGUAUGUCAACCAAGGUGUUAAAAUAGUGACUGAUUGCUAAACAUAGGUAUAGACCUCAUUUAAAAAAAAUACAAACAUAAAAUACAGAGAAAAUUACGUUAUCCUUCCUGGAAUUUUGCCAUCUAUAAACAUCUUUAAACGGACCAAAGCAAUUUUCAUUUUACCUUAUGUAGUUUCACCACAGUAACACAAUAUGCACAGUAUUCAACCAUAACCUCCCAGCCUCGAAACGUAGUCCAAACAACAGCUAGAGAGCAGAUUAUUAAUCCUGAACCCACCUAGGUUUGUGUUUUCUAAAUCCAUUUUGUAUACAAUAUAAAGUUGUUUAACCAGAAAAUGUAAUUCAGCUUGUGCUUGUACCUCCUGGGUAUUGCUACGAUUACUCUAGUGCCGGGGUAGGCAACCUUCGGCACUCCAGAUGGUGUGGGCUGCAUCUCCCAGAAUGCUCUCACAGCUAUAAUGCUGGCAAAGCAUUAGGGGAGAUAUAGUCCACACUAUCUAAAGUGCUGAAGGUUGCCUAUCCCUGCACUACUGAACGGUUAGGCUGUGAGGUAGGCUGAACUUGAUGGACGCAAGUCUCUUUUCAGCUAUGUAACUAUGUAACUAUUAAAUUGACCUCGGGAGGAUGAAGCGCUGUGUCUGGAAUCAAACUUGAAGUUUAAACAGUUACUAAUGAACAAUCUUUUAAAUUUAAUGUUGUGGAAAGUUUGCCCUGCAUAAAGGCUGGCCAAAAAAAGAUCUCCUGCUGCUAGAACUACACCUUCCAUGAAGCCUUUUUUUGCCAUGGGUCUACAUUUUGGCCACCCUGCCUUCGAAAGUUAAACAUUAAUCAUUUACAAACAAUAAAUUGUUGACUUGCAACCCUUAUGUAUUGUUACUUACGCUCUUCUUUCCUCUCUCAGGGAACAGCUGGUUUGGAAGCCACUGCCUACGAGGAGAUGUCUAGUUUGGUCAACUACAUUCAACCAAUCAAAUUUGACUCAUUUGAAGUCUCAGCACGUAAGAGAAUUCUGUAAAAUAUGUUGGUUACUCCUGCUUUAAGUUUGCUAUUUUAAAGGCUUUCAGACAUUAUGCUAGUAUUUUGGAUGGAAGUCCAGGAUUCUGUUGUGACACUGAGUACUAGGCAUGUAGGUUUUUGUAGUAUAUUGGGUGAAACAUGUUACUACUCUUGGAGUGCUUUUGACCGUUACCUUUUCUUUAUUGGUUUGUGCUGCAGACCUGUUUCUUUGGUCCUACCCUCCAACAUCAUCUCACUGGACUUCUUCUUGCAGCAUUUGAAGUUCUCCUCUUCUUUCCCCCUAACACAGACUUUCAGACUUUUCCUAUUGAGAAGCCAUGUGCAUGGGGUAGCAAUGGAGGAUACAGGAGCCAAGCAGGUAGAAGGCUCCAGGGACAGGAGCAAUGAGUCCUGUGUAUGCACGCUCUCACAGGCUCACUAUGAUUUGGGGGGCAUUAGUAUGAGAGCUCUAGCAGAGCGUGCUUACCCCUUCCAUCCAUUAGCUGGAGCUCCAUUAGUGAAGCUAACGGAAUGCGGAAAAUAACCUCCCUGGUUGUUUGUCAGCCGGGAACGGGGCUGAAGUGCUUUAUAUGCGUGGAGUGGUCCUUAAAAGUUAGGUCUGAAGAGCCUUAGAGCAGUGAUCGGUCACACUACAGAUUACAGCAGUGAGAACUAUUUGAGGCUGUGGAUAAAGUAUUUUUUGCUCACAUAGUGUGCUAAAGAUCUUAACCCUUGUUUAUCAUUAUACCUGGAACUGUAUGUAUGUUAAAGUCAACUAUAUAUUCAAUGGGUUUAAAGUAGAUAAUCUGUUUUGACUUACAUAUUAUUUUGCUUGAAUAGAUCUGAUUCUUUUUUUUUCUUCUUUUCCAGAAAAGAACCAAAGUUACGUCAUCUCUUCAUUUGUCGAAACCAAAGCUUAUGACCUUCUGACAAAGUUUCCUGUUCAAUUUGUCGAGUAUCCUUUCUGUGGAAUGGAUAUAGAGAUUGAAAGCUCUGUCAACAAGCAAUCACACAUACAUACAAUAUCUACUUAGCUACAAUGUUAUAUCUGAUAUAGAUAAAUAUAUAUAUCAAAUAAACCAUUUCAGUGGUUAGUAUCUUUUAUUUUUUUAAUUUUAUAUUAUUUUUUAUCACUAAUCUAACAAGAGCCCUAUGUUAGUGUAAGCACGAUAACUGUAAUGUUUGGACUUCCUAUAAAGUUUAUAUAGAUAUAACAAGAGACAGAUGAGUCGUAUCUAUCCAAAAGGCACAAGGAUGGACUCCUCCAACUACAUGCCUCAGAUGUUCUGGAACGCAGGUUGUCAGAUGGUGGCAUUGAACUUCCAAACUAUGGGUAAGUAGACAUUAACACAUUAAAGUGCUCUCUGCCAGAACAGUUUGCCACCAUUGUCCUUUAUCUGUUACCUUACCUAUUUGAGAAACAAUACAUUGCACAUUUGUGGGUAUUCCACUUCAUGGACACUUUAACAUUACUGAAGGCUUUUCCCCCCAGGUCUGGAUGUUUUGCCUUUGUUGUUUUUAAUUUAUUUAAAACUGGUCCAAUGUUGAUCCUAGCAUGGUUUAUAAUGAUCUCCCUGUACGAUCUUCUACCAUUCAUUUAAUCGACACAUGUAAAAUACACUUGAGUUGCACCUUAUUUACAUUUCCUUGUUGUCAGAUGUGGCCAUGCAGCACAACAUGGCGAUUUUCGAGUUCAAUGGCAGCAGUGGGUACAUUUUAAAACAUGAAUUUAUGCGACGGGCAGACAAACAGUUUGAUCCAUUUACAGUUGACCGGAUUGAUGUGGUUGUAGCCAACACCCUUUCUAUAACUGUAAGUAUGAGGACGGGAGCUUCUAUCUAUUGUUUUAUGAAACAAACCCCUGAUAUAUAAAUAAUUGUUCUGUUUUGAGUUUCAGAUUCUACGACCUCACUGUAUGUUAAAACAAUAGAAGUUAUAGACCGCAAAGUAAUUACACUUCCACUUAAAAAAAAAAAUGUGGUCUGUCUCAUAAUCACCUAUUUUUUAUGAUUGCACCAGUGAAAUCAACUUGUAUAUAGUAUUCUUUUGUACAUGUGUAUACUAGAAAAAUGCGGUUGCUGUAUUCUCCGUUCCCUGAGGCAAUGUUUGUGUUGUCAUAUAUAGAAUAUACUGUAAUCUGAAUGCACAUUUACCUAGGUACCUGAUUCAAGAAUGUACAAUCACAUGAAUUGCAAGCCUAUUAUUAGAUUGUCACUUGACGCGAGGUGCAACAAAACAGUCAGGGGGGACUGCGUAGGAUGAAAGUGUCAGGUGCCUUACAUUUUAUCCCAGCUGCUGAUAUAUGCAGAAAGUGUCUAAAAACACAUUAACUGAUUAAACCUCUUCCUGUUCAUUCCCCUAAAUAAUCCCUAACGCGUAAUAGAAAUCACAUUCCUCUCACCAAUUUGGCCUUCUUGGGGACAUUUCCCAAAGCGGGAUGCUGAUCCUUGGUGGCGUAUUAGCAUCAAAAUGAAGGGAAAAUGUGUCACUCCAUUUCUGCACUCCUCUAGCAAAUGCAAGGCUCACUAGAGAAAUAUGUUAGCAGAACAGAGAGCAGGAGAACCUUCUGCAGAGAUAUACAGGGACAUCCCAAAUCCUCUCAAUACUCCGAUAUAAAGGCAGGAGAGCUAGCCUUGUUUGAUUAAAGAAUAUUUAUUCACACAGUCAAUGGGAUACAACAUUUCAGUCUAAUCCAAUAUGUACCAGCAAACAGAACCCACCAAUACAGAAUAUCACGUGUGCAGGAUUGGACCGCAACAAUACAGCCACAAUGACACUAAAGUGAUUAAGUACAUUCGUUAAAUAUAGAGGUCACCUUUAUAGAUCAAAUACACCAUAUAUACAGUGGGAGGAGGGAAAAAAAGCAAUGUGAUCAACCAAAACAGAAAUAUAAGCCAUGUGAUCAACCGAAACAGGUAGAGGAUAGAGUUCCUGCAGUCAUUUGGAGAUCCAGUUAAUUAUAAUAUGGGAUAAUAUGGGGGCUCUCUGCUAAUAUGGUCUCCUAGAGGAGAAUGUUAGUUUUAUUUUGUUCACAUUUAAUCUCUGGGAAGGACAUGGUGUUGAAAGGUAAGCUUUUAUGGUCCAAUAGCAGGUUGAAGGUUCACAACGUUCAUUGGAAGGGUGUGAACAUAUGCACAAAAAAGAAUGGUGCUUGGAAAAUCUCCAUGUUUAUUUUCAGAAUUAUCCUGAUGUGUUAUAGUUCUAAGGCAUUAAACAACUCUGAAAGAAAUGGAUUAAAACGCGUUGUAAAAAAUCACAGAAAUUAGAUGUUCACCACACAGAGGGAAUAUUCUAACGUUUCCAUGUUCCAGCUCUUUAAACCAUUUGUGUAAAUUACAUUUCAGAUUGCAUGUUACUAUAUGUUUGCUAACACCUUUAUGACAUUUCUGAUUUGCCAUUUACUAUCUUUAUCAAUAGGUAUUAUCAGGACAAUUCUUAUCGGAUAAAACUGUAAAAACAUACGUAGAGGUGGAAUUGUUUGGGCUGCCGGGAGAUCCAAAGCGUAAAUACAAAACAAAACUAACGCCAACAGCAAACUCCAUCAAUCCAGUGUUUAAAGAAGAACCAUUUGUGUUUGAAAAGGUAUAUCUGUACUGCAUGGUCUGCCUUGCAUACUUUUGCUCAUUUAAGAAAAUAUGAUUUUUUUAAAUAAUGCUUUAGAAUGAGGUGUCUGCCCACUUCCAAGCAAUACUUCCUACCAAAAUUUCAUAAAGACCCCAGUAAAACCCUGAGCCAACCAUUUGUGGGUAUCCUGAACUAAUUGCGAAUACUCAGCACUACGUAUCACUAUUUACAACAUAUUCUCUCUCUUUUUACAUCAAUAUGUAGGUCAUUGACAGUAUAUACAUUUGGUAUUUCUUUACUAUUCUCUUUGUUUUUGUAUGGUUUAUUACUUUUAAAGCACAUCAUCAGUAAAGGUUGUUUUUGUAAAUGAGCUUUUAAGGUCAAAAUAUAGGUUUCCUUUUGUGACAAACGCCUGGUCUGGUCAUUUGCCACGAGCUCCUGGAGGAGCCUGCUAGCCAGCCUCCUGCCUCAGGAUUAUGGGCCAUACAAAAUACCCUGCAAACUACUCUGUUUGUGUGAUUUGGGAUUAUGUUGUUCAGGAACCGAACAACAUGAGCUUGUUAAGCCCAAUUGACACAUUGUUACUAGUUCCACCGCAGUGUUCUAAUUGUUCGUCAGGGUGGCCGCAUUUCGUAUGAAUGACCACAAGGUGGCGGCCAUCUUGUUCCCACGAACGCAGGCAGCUGUGUUUGGGCAUCAAUCUCCUGGAACUAAAAUUGGACACGGAAACUCUCAAACAGCGCUGGACUUCCAUCAUCUCCUGCGUUAGGUUCUAUAGAAGGGCACUGUUGGGUGGAAACAUUCCCAUGAACAAGGUGAACAAGCUCCAGGGUAGAACUAUGGAUUCUGUUCGGUAGUUAUUUUACUUUUAAACUAUCGAACUUGACUGACCGUGAUUUUUGGAUAUGUUGGUCACCCAGAUCGGGGCUAUCAGGGGAUGUAACUUUUGUGGGGUUUUUAUUUGUUUUGGGGUAUUUCUGUUUUUUGCCUGUUUCUGUACUGAGAGAUAAUUAAAUUAUAUGUUUGUGUGCUCAGAUAAUUAUGUCUCAGUCACAGGGGAGGACUAUGUUAGAUGUUUGCUUGUAACUAGACUCCUCUCAGGUCCAGGGGGAGGGAUUAUCCUGUUUUGUGUGGGAUUGUUAUGGGUGUGUUUACUGUGUCCCUAUAUGGUAUAAAAUCAGGCCAUUGAGCCUGGAUUAAACACAUUCAUUUUACCCUUCAUCAAGUCUAGGCUGAUAUUUGGGGACUUGAGAGCUAUAAUCACUGCAUCACUUGGGAUUUGGGACACUUACAGCGGAUAUACUCUGCCGGAGUAUAGGGGAUCCAUAACACCUUUCUCUGGAUCUCUUGACGAUUAGGCGGUUAUUCUAUAUUGGUCAUGCAAUCACUGACACUCUUAUUCACCAAAGUGUGACUUGUCAGUAAUUAAAAGGUGAAUUUUUUAAAGUGAAUUUAAAAUUGUUGUAUAUAGCCAGAGUGUAAAUGUAGCUAACUUGGAGAAUUUUUUUUUUUUUUUAAUUCUUUAUUUUUGCAGUGCAUGAAAAUGAUACAGGCAGGCUUGAGGUGCCCCAAAAGCAGUCCUCAGGCUGUUCCUCCGCGUUACAUGCGGGACAAAUGUCUAUCAAGCACAAUUUUUUUUUUAAUAUAAACAUGCUUAGUCAAUCAUACUUUAAGCUGUAAGAAGUUAAGAUAGCUAGUUCAGAAUCGUUUUGUAUGAGGUUGUGACAUAACUAGGAGUAUUUCUAUGUUGCUUGCCGAAAAACCUAGGCUGAGAACAGUACAGGUCAUGCAUAUAUAUAUAUCAGUAGCUGUACAGAUAAAGUAGUACUCCUAGGCUUCACGUGGCUUACAGGCUAGGCCUUGAGCACUCAGUGCAAUACAAAAAAAUCACCUUUUAGCAGUAGAUGCCCAGUUUUAUCAGGGCAUGGGCACAGUUAUACAGUAAGUUGCUUGGAAGUUAUCGUUACAUAACAGGCUGACUAAGCAUUAAAUCUGAGUAACAUUCUAUCUUUCGUGGUUUACUAUGAGUGUAACGAACAUAAGAUCACCAAUCUCAAGGUCUAUUCAUGCUGAUGCAAUAUCAUUAACUGUGUGAUUCUUCGGUGAUAAGAUUAAACAUCUAGCGCCCUAUGCUUAACUAAUAGAAGGCUAAUAUAAACAAGCGUGAGUAAGGUAUACUAUGGUUGGCAAAAAGCAUUUGUCAGCACAUGAAAUCAAACUGGUAUGCAGCGGUCACCGGCACGGCACUUGCAUCUGGACCCGUGGGGUAGCGUAUGCGGGUCAUAAGAGAGUUUGUGGUAAGUCACUAUUUAUCCUAUUCCUUCUGUGGGAAUGCGGCUGAGGCUCUCCGGUUGGUCCAGAGGAGGUGCUGACGCUCGGCCGGUGGUGGGGGUGUCCCUCUUGCCCCAAGCUGGUGUGCAGGCCUGCGUCUUCUGGCCUGAGACUCGGUGGCACACGUUGCCCGAGUGUCUCCCCCUCAUGGGGGUGGCGGGAGGUCUGUAUGUUGAUUGCCGUUUGUGUUUCCGCCUAUGUGACCGACGCCUUCGGGUCAAGGCCCUUUUGGCCUGCAGCCCGGGUGGGCCGGGGUGGGUGAGUGUCAGCUUUUGGUCUCGGGUUGCGCCCGACGGAGUCCCCCUCUCGCCCGGCCGCCCAUAGCUCCCCUCUCUUGGGUCCAUGGGAUCCUGUCGCUUUGUCUUGGUGCGCUGUGCGCGCCGCUGGAGCUUCUCCCAGAAGUCGUUGAAUAGUGCAUCCAGACGCUGCAUGAGGUCUGUGCCGCAGUCGGAGCUCUGCUUAGCUGCUUCAAGCUGAGUUGCUGCGAGUACUCCGCCGCCAUUUUCGAUGGGCCACGUGUCGCCGGCCCUGGUGUCCACACGCUGUGUAUAGGCUCAGACUGGGCCCGCGGCGAGGACCGGGAUAUCCCCCACCGGUCCGGGGGGGGGGGGCGGGCAGGAUGAUUGAGGGUCUAAGUGGUCGUGGAGCAGGAAGGUGGAAAGGAGAGCGGCCGUCUCCCCUCUGCCAGCCAUCCUGUAGGCCUCGGUCACCGCAGCUAGGGAUCUCGGGUGGUUAGCUAGUCGAUUUGGGUGUCCAGAGUUGCCCCCCGAGGAUCCCAAUUCAGUUAUGCCCUUUAGAGUAGUUCUGUGCCAGUUUUACUGGGUAUUUUCCCCAAAAUCAGGCAGAUAAUGCAGGAGCUGGGUUUCAGCACGUCCACUCUGCUUGGCAGCUAGGCUCCGCCCCCUAACUUGGAGAAUGUAUUUCCCAAUGUGGCUAUUUAUGUAUGAAAUUUGCUUUGGAUUCCUAACAAUUAACAUUUUAGUAAAUAUUCCUACUAAUCUUUAACUAAAUGUUGGUUAAAUAAGUAGCAUUUAAGGAUUACUCCAAGCAUCAAACCCACUAGAACCUGCUGUUGUAGCUGUGCUAUUCCCUGCUAAUGGGGCAACUGUAAUAAUAACAAAGUGUUUAAGCAGGAAAGGCACUUUCAGAUAUUCCCUGGUUUCCAAAUACGUCCUGGGGUAAAUCAUAUAGCAGUGGGUUGCCACUGAGGUGGUGCUAGAUGCUAAUCCUGACAUUCAUUCAUUGUCCGAGAGCGUCGGCUCUGGCCAACGAAGGAAUCUGUUUGCACAGAAUUAACAUUAGCCAACCCAGAACUCUCAUUCCAGGCUCCAGGUGGAGUUAAAAAAUAUUUUAGUAUGUAGCUUUUCAUAUUAUAACACAGCUUAUACAGAGCUUGCACCAUCACCACUUCCAAAUACUAGUGUCCAUGGUGCUUGAAGUAACCCUUUAAGUAAAUGGCUAUGGAUUCAUAGACAUGACUAACAGCAAUGGCAUUAAGUUAGUUUUUCCUUAAACUGUGAAGUUCUUUGUAUUGUUAAUGUUGGGGAAUUUAAUGUAAGGUUAUUGAUACUAUUGUUUUCUUUCUUUAUAGAUUCUAAUGCCAGAGAUUGCUUCUCUGAGAAUUGUGGCAUAUGAGGAAGGAGGGAAGUUUAUUGGCCACCGGAUUAUUCCUAUUGAUGUAAUUCGAUCAGGUAAAGCUGAGCUUUUUUAGAAUGUUCUCGGGAUUUCUCUGUUCUUCUACAUGAUAUGUAUGAUCAGAACUAUAUCCCACAGAUAACAAAAAAACCUCACAUCUUUAAUGGCCAGUGGCUCACAGCCACUCACUUAUUGUGGAGAUACCAAAUACAUCCCUCUAAAAACAUCUCAUGGUACUGUUCAUCUAGUCCUACAAAUGUCAUUCACAUAUCGUUAUAAUAUUUAGAAAGAAUAAUCACUGAGCAGACAGAUAAUAUAUAGAUCAACACUCACGUAUCACACAGCAGGGUAACAUUAUACUCACAUGUAUUGGAGCAACACCUCAACUCUUGAUUGAGAGAAAUGUUGUUGGAAAUGAGUUCCAUUUGCAUUUUACUUUAUUGCUCAGGAUACGGACUCUGGUUGAUAGGGUUUGUGUUGACAUUAUUCUGUGCAAGGAAUACAUUUGAGAAUGGACAAUCUCCAUGUGAAAUGUAAACCAGCACCAAAAUAUCUAAGGUGGGGGAAAAAAACCUCAAAUUUAAUAAAGUCCAAUGUCAAGUUGCCAUAACUCACUGCUUAAUUAAAAGCCAAGUAAUUGUGCCUCACACAGGGUAUAUACAAUUAUAAGUUAGUUUUCAAGUUAAUCGUCUACAGUGCUAUUUUGCCUUUUAGAUUAAAAUACAGCCUUUUUUUCUUACUUUUUUCUAGGUUUUCAUCAUAUUUGCCUUCGUAGUGAGAGUAAUAUGGCGCUCACAAUGCCCUCUCUUUUUGUGUAUGUUGAAGUCAAAGACUAUGUACCGGAUACGUGGGCAGGUAUUAUCAACAUUAAAAUGUAUAGUGUAUAGGGGACAACUUAAUAGGAAUUGGGUAUACUUCCCUAAAGAGUGGAGGGAGUAAAGGAAUAAAACAAACUAAAUAGUGUUCGACUGGAUCAGGAUUCACGAGUCGUGGGUAAAAGGGUAAAUAUAAAAACUACUAGAAAUAGGGCUGCCCAAUCGGUAGAUCCCCAGAUGUUGCAGAACUACCAUGAUGCUUUGCACACCUUUAGAAUGACAAAGCAUCGUGGGAGUUGAAGUUCUACAACAUCUGGAGAUCUACCUAAUGGGCAGCUCUGAUUUAGAGAUUUACAAAUAGAAAAUGGCAGGAAUGUAAAAGGGCAAAAAGGUAUGUGGGGUAAGAACUAAUUUAUAAAUAUAGCUGAAUUAAUUACUGUAAUAAAAUACUGAAUUAAAAUAAAUCAAUACACAAAUCGAACUACAACAAAUCAAUAAAACAAUAUAAAAUACUAUACAAUAAAAGCAUGAUGCCAAAGUUCAAAUGCAAAAACUUCAUUAAAAGUCCAAAAUACAGCAAAUCAAGUCUGAGUGUUGCUGUGGAACCACAGCAGCAAAGCAACGAAAAGGAAAGUGGUUACUGGGACUUAACCUUAAUGUUCAUGAAAUCACUUUCUAAAUGUAAUCAUUGUAAACGUGUCAAAACCCAUAUAUCAAUAUCGAGGAUAUUUCUUGUAAAUGUAUAGAUAUAAACAUCUUUUACUGCAUGGGGUUUGACCUUUCUGGGUUACAUCUAGCAAUCUGGGCCUGGUUUACAUUAGCUGGGGUCCGGGCGGCUGCAUGCUUAGCCCCUCUAUCCAGUUCAUGGUGCCAUGCUAUAUGCAGGAUGACGAUAAUAACCAGCAAAUGUACAGCUUAAACGAUGUACAGGAUUAUUCACUAAAGUGAGAAUUGUUGGCAAUUCAAAAUUAAUUUCAAAUUGAAGGCUACAACAAAGAACAAAAUCUGCAAGUCAGCUUUCAAUUUGGCCUUACAUUUGGAAUUCACUUUAUUUUCCCAAAAAUUCUCACCUUCGUUAAUAGCCCUGAUAGUGUACCUAAAUGUCAACCUGUCAUCCACAAGAUUUGAGGAACACAGGUUCAUUGUACGGCCAUUCUUUUUUUCUUUAUGGUAAUACUUCCUCAGAUUAACCUCUUUCACAGUGCGAAGCUGAAGGACAUCUUCUAAUAUGACAACUAGUUCAGAGGAAUAUAGGCACCCAGACUACUUCAGCUCAAUGCAGUGGUCUUGGUGCCAGGUCCCUCUAGUUUUAACCCUGCAGUUUCAGAGAAACUGCUAUGUUUACACUGAGGGUUAAGCCAGCCUCUAGUGGCUGUCUCUCUGACAGCCGCUAGAGGCACUUCUGCCAUUCUCACAGUGAAACUCACAGUGAGAAGACGCUGACGUCCAUAGGAAAGCACUGAGUAAUGCUUUCAUAUGCGCUAUUUGAAUGUGCGCGUGGCUCUUGCCGCGCAUGCGCAUUCAGUGCUGACGUCAGCAGGAGAAGGAGUGUUCCCCGGCGCUGAGAUAGCCCGGCGCUGGAGAAAGAUAAGUGGCUGAAGGGGUUUUAACCCCUUCAACCCAGCGUGUGGGGGGGUACCUAAUGGUGCCAGAAAAACAAGUUUGUUUUCCUGGCACUAUAGUGGUCCUUUAACUUACCAUUUUUUUUUGUAAAAGAGAUAUGAAGAACUGAUAUUACAUGGUGCAGUUACUGAUUGAUGGAUGGUGGCUUCCUGUUUGACCUAAUUAUUGAUGCAAGCACAAAUGUAUGGAAAAUAUGCAAAAUAUCCUGGCCAUUUGAUAUUCUAAAUGCAAAAUGUAUGGAUCUGCCGAGUUUCGUGUUCUGUUUCUACCUGGGUUUACUAGGUGAACUAUUGCUUUUGGAUUGAACUAGUACUAACUAACUAACUAUACCUAUAUUUGUUUUUUAGAACUUACUCAUGCCCUCUCAAAUCCCACCAAAUUCUUCAACCCCAAUGAAAAGAAGUCAAUAAAACUGAAAGACGGGGCAUCCUUAUCUGAAGAGGUUAGUAAAUAAGAAACUAAUGGUAGUACUUAAAGUGUUCUGGCCCAAUGGUUAGGAGCAGAAUCACCUAAAAGAACUAACUGUAUUUACUAAUUCAAUGACAAUUUCUGGGAGUAGAAAAUUUGCUUCAUUGUAAAUCCUACGUCUAAAGAUACCAAACACAAGUUCCUGCUAGUUGUCCAAGGCCACCUGCCAUGAACAUGAAGUGAGGAUUUUAAGGAGGAAAAAAGUGAGCAUUGGGGUAGAAGGAAUCAAAUACCAGACAGACAGUGAAAGGGCCCUUUACUCCUUCCCUCCCCCUCCUGGAAGUAAUAAAAUGGGGCUAAAACCAGCUUUUUAAAAAAACAAAGCAUUGUGGGAGUAGUUGUUCCAAUGGAUCUACAUUUUCAUACUUCUGCAACUGGUUAUACUGAGCCCAAUUGACAAAGUCUGGGCUGGGGAAGAAUGGGAUAGCUUGCAGUAGCUGUACAUAUAAGCCAAGAUUUUAUAUACCCCAAAUAAAAAAAGCUAAAUUAAUUACUUGCAUAUUUUGGGGGGGUUGCAUCUACUAAACAGUUUUUUUAUGAAUUGUUCCUUUAAACAGAUGAAAAUUUAUUUUAGAUACUCUGGUAUGUUUGGAAAUGUAGAUUUAACGACGCGUUUGUUUAUCCCUAUUAGAAGUCCAUCGCAAACCAAGCAAAUGGCAACACUGGAUCAAAGAAAUUGGUGCAGAAUGGACCGUCAGGUAAUGUACCGGUAUCAAGUUAUUAGCUGAUUAACAUUGUAAUUUAUAUUGUAUAAAGACAAAAGUCCAGUAGAGAAGUCCUACGAACACCACAACAAAUUAAUCUCAGUGAAGUUGUGAUGGUGCCUGGAGAUCCCCUGGUGCAGUGGUACAUUUAAAUGUUGAACCUCUCCCUCUCUUCCAGACGAAAAAGGAAGCAUUAGUGUGAACAUUAAGGAGGCAGCAGUGAUUAACGCUAUCAGCCUAUCACUGGACCGCCAAAGAGAGUAUGAGAAAGGUGUAAACUUCUAAGGUUUAAACUUAAUUACGGUAAAGUUAUUAUGGUGUCCAGCAGGCCCAGACUGGCCAUCGGGCACACCGGGCAAAUGUAGGGGAGGUUACAGGACGCCGGCCCCACUGUAUUCCAUGAUGGACUGGUGGGGAGAUCAAAGAUCUCCCUCUCUGGCCCACAUGCACUACAUUGUGGCCGCCGGCAUGGGAGGGAGACAGGAGAGGACCCGAAGGAGCUCUAUCUUGCAGCUCCACCGGGUUCCUCUCACGAGAUCCGGAGCAUUGCCAUGGCAACGCUCCAGGUCUCACACGCGUGAACUCUAGCCACCAGCAGGGAUGGUAAUAGGGUCCCCCCUCCCAGGCAUAAGGUAAGAAAGGAGGGGGGAUAUAAUGCUUGUUGGCAUUAACCUUCCUCCACACUGCACACCUUACACACACUACACCCUUCACACACAUACACACAGCAGCCCCCAAACACACUGCACCACAAACACACACACACUACUUCCAAACAUAUAUGUAUAUAUACUACAGAACACCUAGCACUUUUUCAGUGGGCAGCUGUGAUUAAAAAAAAAAUGCCCAGGGUGAAUUCUUUUCCCAGUCCGGCCCUGGUGUCCAGAGUGGUUCUUUGUGUGUUUUUGGUGCUAUAGAUACGAUUCAUACAAACCCCAUGAAACUUAAUUUAAACAAAUUUCUAAAUGCUCGCUGGAAUCUUGCUAGUGUUCAGUAUGUUUCUUUAGCAGCUGCUGAAUACUCUCCUAGGACUGUUCGAUGUCACGGAGUACAAUGCACUAUACAUGCUCUACACCUAGCUGUGUUUAGUACAAUUUCUAAACUGACUAGUAAACAAAGUGCAAGGGGCAGACAUCUCAAAGCUCGUUUUUCCAACAUAUAUUUUAGGCUCUGUCAGAAAAGGGACACAGGAGCCUGUACGAGAAGCUGAAGGUAACAUUUUUCUAUUUUUAGAUAUUUAAAUAUUUAUCUAGUUUUUAAUUUUGUUAUGGAGACUAAUCGCUCUAAUUGCUUUAGUUAUAAUCGUAUAUGAGGGCAUGGAUUCUAAGAAAAGAGCCAUUGUAACAGGUUUAUAUUAUACGAUGUCCCAUUUUUGUUUUGUUUGCUUCCCUGUGUGGCAGUGUUUUAUUUAUUUACUGUAACCGACUGUAGUGAAUACCCUGUGAAACAGUAUGUACACGAUUACAUUAUGGCUGAUUUAUGAUUAAGCACUAUGUCCAUUUUCUGGGGACAACACAUGGAAUGGAGGAAGAUGUCCAGUCUGAGAAUGUUUACAUAGAUGGCCGAGAAUAAGAACACACCUUGCCCAUUUUUAUUUAUUGUGUCACUUUAUUACAAUGUUUACAUUGAUGUCCUAAUACCUAACUAUACAGGAAUACACGUGGCUGGUUUUCUGGAAAAAUAAGGGGUAAAGUUUUAAAUCCAGAUUUCUAUGACAGUAAAUUGCUUUUUUUUUUAGAACCACAAACUGCAGACCAGGAUGAGCUGCAAAAGCAGAAAAGCUUCUUAAAAAUCCAGAAAAAGCAGGAGAAGGAACUGAAAGACCUGGAGCGGAAGGGAAUGAAGAGGAGGGAGGAAAUAGUGCAGAAAUACGCAAGCGCCUUCAGCACAAUGCACUCGCAGAACAAUAAAAAGAAAUGCUGCACAAGCAGAGAAAACAAAAAGAAGAGGUAAAGCUUUGCCUGUCCUAAUCCUCUGUUAUAGUUGGAACUGACUCUGAUGUGACUAAUGUUAAGACAUUAAAGGGACACUGUAGGCACCCAGACCAAUUCAGCUCAUUGAGGUGGUCUGGGUGCUGUGUCCCGUUUGCACUUAGUGCUGCAAUGUAAAACAUGGUAGUUCCAGAGCAAUAUUUACAUUACAGCUCUAAGACUGCCCACAGUGGCUAUCUACCAGACAGCCACUAGAGGGCUUCCUGAAUGAAAACGGAUCUUUGGUCCGUUAUCUGAGGCUGGACGUGCACGAGGACCUCCAGCAUCAACUUUUUCCGUGAAGGAAAGCAUUGAUUAAUGCUUUCCUAUAGGAUAUCAUAAUGUGAGCAAGACCAUUGCCACACAUGCGACUAUCUCUUCCUACUACACUUUUUUUUACCUUGUCAUCUGUCCUUGUGCUCUUUUGACACUAUCGACACCUUCCUUUUCUUUAUAUGUUUAAAUCAUCAUGUGUGACAAACUCCCCUGUCCUCGUGAGAUGGCCAUGAGCUGCUGGAGGAGCCUGCUUGACAGCAUCCUGCCCACAGACUAUGGGCCCUGUAAUAUACACUGAAAAGUCUCCAUUCAUGUAUUUAGACUAUAUGGUUCGGGAACCUAACAGCCGCAUGAACCGGAGACCACCCUGGAGCUUGUUAAGCCUAAUUGCUACUUUGUAGCAAUUUCCACCACAGUGUUCCAAAUGUUCGUCUGGGUGGGCGCAUUUCCUAUCAACGACCACUAGGUGGCAGCCAUCUUGUUCCCACGAACACAGGCAGCGGUGUUUGGUUGUUGAGUUCAUGGAACUGAAAACGGACACAGAAACUCCCGAGCACCGCUGGACUUCCAGCAUCACCUGCAUUCGGUUCUACAACACAAAGAAAGACACUGUUCAGUGGAAAUGUUCCCACGAACAAGGGAAACAAGCUCCAGGGUAAAAAUAUUGACUAUGUUCGGUAGUUUGUUCGGUUUUAAACUACCGCACUAGACCGACCACUAGCCCUGAUCUUGUGGAACUGUUUUGGGCAGGAGCUUCGUGUGCGGUCGGUCAAAUUAUGACUUCCCGUAAAUUCCCGAACCGAUCUGGGUGAUUUUUAGAUAUGUUGGUCACUUAGAUCGGGGCUAUCAGGGGGUGUAACUUUAGGGGGGGGUUUUUUAAUGUAUAUUAAGGUACUUUUGGGGUGUUUGUGAAAUGUGUGGUUUUUGUGCCUGGAGAUAAUGAAGUUUGUACAGUUCCUGACUAAAUUAUCUCCCAGGCACAGUGGAGGGAUGAUCCUGUUUUGUGUGGGAGUGUCAUGGGCGUGUUUUCUGUGACUCCAAAUUGUAUAAAAGCAGGCCAUCUGGCCAGAAUAAGCGUAUUCCAGUUUGUACUCCCAGAACUAUGUGUCGUCUGGUACUGGGAGUGGAAAGGGCUAAUCACUGUUCCAGUGUGGAGGAUUCAAUGGGGAAAGUCCAUGUAAGGACUAGAGCUCCCAGGACUGAGUGUCGUCCAGUGCCUGGGGGUGGAUAGCGCGAGUUCCCCAUACAGCUCCAGGACCCCAGUCAAGCCAUGGUGACUGUGGGCAGAAGUGCUGCGGUUUGUCCCCUGUUCCAGCUAGGAAGUGGUGCUUGGCCGAGGUACCCAGCCAGAGGUACAGUGAGCUCCGUUACAUCAUGCUUCCUACCACCUUUUUGCAAAGCUGAUUUUUUUUCCUAAAAAGACUAUCCAGAACUUGCUGAGGUGCUUAGCUGCAUGUCACUGCAGUCUUAAUUCAUACCAGGUCCAAUUUUGACAGGACUGGAUAGGGUUUUCUGACUCGCUUGCUUUGAACAGUAGUCCAAGAUAGCUGUCAGUGCUUCCAUAUGAGAAGUAUUGGUUUCAAUGCUUCUCUGUGAGAAGUACUGUUGGUAGAUCACAAAAUUAAUGUCAUUUUUUCCCUAAUGCUUUUCUUUGUGAAGCACCUGAUUGUUCACAAGUCAUCAGUAUUGAGGACAUUAGUGAGGCUAUAUCAGGUGACAGCAAGAAGAUGCUUGAACAGGAUUUUAAAUUUAAAAAUGGAGCAUCAGUAAUCUAAACAGAUGAAGAAGCACACCAAUAGAAAAUAUAUGGAUAUAUUUUAUUGGAGUCCUUCUUUAAAACAUAAUUCUACCUACCACAAUAAGCAUAGGAUGAUCAAAAAAAGUGGGUUUAGAAGCAUAGACAUGUGUCCCAUUAGCACAGGUUUCUGUUUUCUCGCCAAUAAGUAAUGGAUAAGGGAAGGGAUAUGAUGUAGGGGACUAAGCCAUAUAUAUAUGUAUUAGGGAUCGGUACACCAUAACUAAUGUGAAUUUAAAUAUCAAAUCCACUAUGUCAAAUAUCUCACAACAUAGGAUCUACAGAUUAGCAAAGUCUGCACUGGAUUCUUUACCAAUGGGAAUUAUCCCUAUUAGAACCAGAUGUAUAAGUUAUGCCGUCUUCAGCAAUCCCCAUCCUUGCAUUCGGUUAUUUGCACCUAAAUGAAUACCACAUUGGGAUUUUUAUUUUUUAGCAGUGGUUUGAGAGUAGAAAUUGAAAUAACUACAGCUCUAAAAUCUGUGCAAACCCUAUCUUGUGGGCAAUUGGAACAUAAAUAAUAAAACUUCCCAUAGCAUCAACUAGUUUUUUCUGUGGGUCAUCUUUCUGGACUGUACUAAACAAUAACAACUAUUGGACACGGAUCUGCUAGCCUAUCAGUGACUCUCUCACACUAAUAUAUCCUUAGGAAAUCUCAGGGUUCAUCGUACAAUUAAUCCCUUCUUUAAAUAAAUAUAUAACAUUGCUGGUAAUUAGGAAAUGCCUGAGUCAGUGGACACAAAAAAAGGGCAGGAGCCUGAGUAUCCCAAUUCUUUACUGUUUGAGUAACUUGCGUCACAGAUUCUCUGAAUCUAAUAAGGAUGGAAAAAUUGGAUCUUACAAAUGAAGGUGUAUUGGUCUAAUAGAUGUUUCAAUUGCAGAAGUAUACCAGAGGAUGACUAUGGCGCAGUAUGGGGUGCGGGUGAGAUACCUGGUAAGGGAGAUCCAAAGGUUUUGGAGCUUAAGGAAAAGAUGGAGCAAGAAUUGACACGGGCUGGAGAGGAACAUUACGAGAGCAUCUGGAAAAAGAAAGAGCAACAUUCAAUUGAGGUAUGGGCAGGAGAUGAUGAUAUAAUCAGGCAGAACAAACACAGGGAACCAUGCAACAAGUUAUCAAUAACACAAUAUUUUCUUGCUUUGCCUACUUUAGCAGUGAAAUAGCUAUCUUUUAUGGUCUGAGUGUCUGUUUGUGUAUUCAUCAGUUCCCUUAAUGUUGGUAUGGCAGUUAGGGUGAGUAUCCUAUCCUAACAAGGUUAAAUAAUAAAAAGAUAAAUUAAAGAGACAUUAUUGGCACCCAGGCCACUUCAGCUCAUUGAGGUGGUCUGGGUACAGUAUCGCUAUUGCACUCAGUGCUGCAAUGUUAAAAAUUGCAUUUCCAGAGAAACUGCAAUGUUUACAUUGCAGCACUAAGCCUGCCGGGGAGACAGCCACUAAAGGUGCUUCCUGGAUGCAAACGGACCUUUGGUCGGGUAACUGACACUGGACGUGCUCAAGCUUUGCAUGAGGACAUCUAGCGUCAGACUUGUCCCCAUAGGAAUGCAUUGAUUCAAUGCUUUUCUAUUGGGAGGUCUAAUGCGCACACAGCAUUUUAUGCACAUUAGCGCCCGCUCAACGCAGUACAGAGGGGGAAGCAGAGCCGAGACCCAGCAAUGAGAGACUUUGAUACUGUGGUAAGAUGAGUAAAUUAAGUGUUUUUAACCUUUUAUUUACUGAUGGGAGGAGGGGCAAAAGGGAGGUCGGAGGCACAGAUAGCUAUAAUGCCAGGAAUACAGCUUUGUAUUCCUGGCACCUAUAGUAUCCAUUUAAGCAUGUGGGAAUAAAUUGCAUACACUUUGUGGCAUACACACCCCUCUUUUGUUGGAUUUUCAGACACUUCCCCUCUUAGGAACCUGGUAGAGGAAUCAGGAUCUGCCGGCUUCCUAAGAGACUCCUUACCAGGUGAGCGUUUCCACAAUAGUGCGUUUUAUUUAUCACCCUAUGAGAACAUACUGCAAUUAGGAGAUAUUCUCUAUAUUUCUUUUGUUUUAUAUGUCACAUGGAGAGCUGCUAAUAUUAAAAUCCAACAAAAGAGGGGUGUGUGUUGUUAGGGUGUUACAACCUUAAAGCACACAAGCGACAAAGUUUGAGCCUAUAUUUUUAAAAAGCACUAUACCAUGUGAGUUAAUCUCAACUCACCUUUAAAUUAUAUUUACUGGGUUGUUACAAUAUAACACUAUACGUAUCUUUUUAUCUUUCGGUUACAUGCAAUAUUUUAUCUUCACCUAACUAUUCGAGGGGUAAGUCCCAGCUUUUACAUAUUUAUACACAUUUUUAGGGCUGCACUUUUUACACUUUGUGUUUUAGGGGAUUGUUACCUAAAUACGGAGUGUUGUGUUUCACUAUCUACUAUUCCAGAAAGAAGCUGAAAUUCAAUAUAUACUAAUCUCCCAUUGCUCUGAAUGUGCGUUCCAUAGUACAAUGAGAUGUAUUGAGAUAUAUAUGGAAAAUGUAUAAGUCUUGUCUGUUGUGCGUUAACAGAAAGAAAACCUUAAAUGUAAGAAACUAAUAAGAGCUGCAGAGAGACACGGGAGGGGAUAAAAACAACCAAAGCUCUGUUCUGAUGACCUAUUUUGUGUUUUUAGCUACAAUUCUCAUUUAUGAAAGUAUUUUACCAGAUUAUAAUUUUGGUUAUUUUCCAACAAAUGUACUUUUUUUUUUUUGUGUGAAAUUUUGUGCAUCCCACUGUCUAAUGCAGACUAUUUGCCCAGAGAAAAUCUAGGGUUACAUGUAGAAUUGUUUAAGCAGUUAAGCCUCUGCUCCUGUGCGUCCAACUUGGCUUGUUACCAAUACUUGUCUGUUACUGCACCUAUCAUGCAGCGCUGAGGAACUUGUUGGUGCUUAAUACAUAAUAAUAAUGAUGAUAAUGUUUUAUAUAUUUCCCAAAUAGUAUUUUAAGAUACGCCAAACGUGUUACGGUUUAAGUUAAAUUACAACAAUCAAGUCUUCAUAUAAUUCAGUUAAGUAACAUCACUGAUAUAUAUUUUUUUCUUAUAUUUUCACAGCAAACAGCCAAACUAAUGGAGUUAGCACAGGAGAGACAGGCAGCAGAGCUGAAAACCCUGAAAGAUACGGCUUACAGGUACAGUAUAUCUUAAAGACAAUGAGGAAAUGAUAGCUGACCCCUGACCUGACACCAUUUAUGGCUAAACGGCAUUUCCCAUGAUGCUCUGACAGUCAUCAUUUCUUUAAUUGUCUGUAAGACACGAUUAUAUGCCACCAAAAUUGUCUGGUGUUUUAGCUUAUUAGACGGCACAAUUAAUAUGGGAAAAUUAGUGUUUUUAUUUAAGGUUUUAAUUUUAGCUUUAGGCGUAUGAAGUAAAUGCAGCACGAUGCAUCAUUUUGUUUUAAAACCCAUAAUUAUGAAUGGUAGUGUGCUACUGUAUAAGUGAAGAGAAAAUACAUCAACAUAUAACCACACACUUGCAUAUCUUCUUUAGAAAUAUAGAUAUAUAGAUUUUGUUUAAAUGGAAACACAAGGCUGAUUUUCAUUUUAAUUUGGCAAAACAAUCAAGUCACUUAAUCUAGAAUUCAAUCCAAAAUACCAAGACACACCAAAGUGUGCUGACUUCAUAACGGAGAGUCAGACAGAUGGGUAUAGAAAACAAAGCUUGGUUUACAGAUUCACAACACAUUGAAUCCUUUUGUAUUUCCACUGUAGGGAGUUGUAUGGUGUUUGGCCUCAUCCUAAUCUUUUUGGUAUCUAGCUAUUGGCUUUUUAGCACAGGAAAAAAGAGGGGACAGCCUGUCACACCUGUUCACUGAGAUAUCAUAUGACUCUCUGGUAGGCCAUGCACCAUACAAACCUGUCCAAAGUCUAUAUAUUAUUUAUUUUUUUUAUCAGUUUCUCUGCUUUCUGUAUCCUUUUUGGAUGUAAACCAGCACAGACAAAUAAUAUAUAAAUGGGAAAAUAUAACCCAGAACUUAAAAGACCUGCCUUAUUUCACGAUGAAGAGCAAUCUCUGUGUGCGUAAUGCAGUGCGAGGGUUGGGUGAGGUCCUUGCGCGUAACUGAUGUGUAUUUUUUCAGUGACACUAAACAGAUGAAGAAGAAGCUGGAGGUUAAGAGAAUCGAAAGGCUUGAAUCUGUGAGCAACAAUACAAUGGACAAAGCUGCUCAGGAAAGGUGCUGUUACGUGUCUACUGAUCACACAAUUUUAAGCAGAAAGUUCACUUGUAACAAUGAGUAAUUAAAUAAAACAAAAAUGCUGAGAAAUGAGCCUACAUUGUGACUUUUUAUUCAUAUCACAAUAUGACAGUCUAGAUUGCAGAGAGCGCGAUCCAGAUUGAUUCUGGUCAGUUUUAAUGUGCAUUGUAUCAGAUUUUAUUGUUUAGUGUUAUAUUUGCUGAAUGCUGAUUUGUUUUUUGGCCUGUGUGUUGUCAGGUUAAAGAAGGAGAUGAAUAAUUCCCACAUCCAAGAGGUGGUGCAGGUCCUUCAGAUGGUAAGUGCCAUCAUUAAAAUGUCUAGUAGAUCGUGGUUCUGGUGUGUUACGUGCAUGUUGUGCCUCGAACCUACAGCAUAGUCGGUGCAGCAUGAAACUGUGUCAUGGAUCUGAGCAAGCCAGACAGGACCUGUAAUAAGGCAGUAAUCAUGGAGGGUAAAUAAAACCCACCCAACUAUGUUGGAUUUUAAAUAGUCGUUGUAAUUAAGGUAGGAUUUGGCUAUGUAUAACUGGAGUGCAGAGUUAAAGGAGCACUAUAGUUACUCAGACCACUUCAGCUCAAUGAAGUGGUCUGGGUGCCAGGUCCCCCAGGUUUUAACCCUGCAGCUGUAAACAUCAGCAGUUUCAGAGAAACUGCUAUGUUUACAUUACAGGGUUAAUCCAGCCUCUAGUGGCUGUCUUACUGACAGCCGCGAGAGGCGCUUCCCCAAUGCUCAAUGCGAAAAUCGCAUUGAGCACACAGAACGUCCAUAGGAAAGCAUUGCAAAAUGUUUUCCUAUGUGUGGUUUGAAUGCGCGCGGCUCUGACUGCGUAUUCGGCUCUACUCAGGAGCUGACGUCGGAGGGGGAGGAGAGGUCACCAGCAUAGAGGGAGCCCGGCAUUGGAUUAAGGUAAGUGGCUGAAGGGGGGUCCGGAGGGUGGGGGGGGACCUAAGGACUAUUUAGUGCCAGGAAAACAGGUUUGUUUUCCUGGCACUAUAGUGCUCCUUUAAUCCCGGGCAAAAGGCUGCACACUGCCAUUAACCAUACUCUAAUAGGAGGGGUUAAUAAUUAUACAAACUACACAUACAGAGAUUAAACCAUCUGCUGACAGAGGAAUAAAAACCCUUCGGCAGCUCUAUAGGAUGUCAUGAGCCAACCUGGAAACUAGAGUUCAGGGCUGGCUAAUAUUUUAUUGCGCAGAAUAACCAUCAUUGGCUAAGAACGGUCACCUGACGCUCACAGCCAAUAAAUGAUGACCACUACGGCUUCUGCAGCAGCCAAAAGUCAAUCAGAGCCUGGCAGGGACUCACAUAAAAUCAGUUUGCCCCAUGACCUGGCCAGGAUACUCUUGGUACCAUGUAACUUGAAUUACUCGUGUAACCUGGAGUCUGUAUGUGCAACAUUUCGCUAUGAAACACUGCACAUACAGAGAUUAACCCCUCUGCUGCCGGAGUUGUAACUCCACCGCUGGUAGCAUCAUUAGCGGGAUUUCUGAGAGGUUAAUGUGAAUUCUGUGCAAAUUAGUGUUUUAGCACCAGACAGUCAAUGGUGGCAUGCUUCCAUGCUGCCUAAGUCCUCCGCCCCCCUCUGGUGAGUAAAGACAUCGGGCAGCAUUGAUAACUUGGCUUCAGUGUUGUAGUUAAGUCAUUUUUGCUGUUUUCGUAAUGUUUGGAGUGGAUGCGGUGGAGAAGGGUUACUCUGACCAAAAACAGUAUUUUUAUUAUGUUUUGAAACAUUGUUUUUGGGUUGGAGUAAACCUUUAAAGGAACACUAUAGUCACCUAAAUUACUUUACACUAAAACUGCUUUAUUUAGCUAUAGAUCAUUCCCCUGCAAUUUCACUGCUCAAUUCACUGUCAUUUAGGAGUUAAAUCAAAUUGUUUCUGUUUAUGCAGCCCUAGCCACACCUCCUCUGGCUAUGAUUGACAGAGCCUGCAUGAAAAAAAAAACUGGUUUCACUUUCAAACAGAUGUAAUUUACCUUAAUUUACCUUAAAUAAUUGUAUCUCAAUCUCUAAAUUGAACUUUAAUCACAUACAGGAGGCUCUUGCAGGGUCUAGCAAGCUAUUAACAUAGCAGGGGAUAAGAAAAUCUUAAUUAAACAGAACUUGCAAUAAAGAAAGCCUAAAUAGGGCUCUCUUUACAGGAAGUGUUUAUGGAAGGCUGUGCAAGUCACAUGCAGGGAGGUGUGACUAGGGUUCAUAAACAAAGGGAUUUAACUCCUAAAUGGCAGAGGAUUGAGCAGUGAGGCUACAGGGGCAUGUUCUAUACACCAAAACUGCUGCAUUAAGCUAAAGUUGUGCAGGUGACUAUCAUGUCCCUUUAACUUUAAAAUGCACAACAAAAAAUAACAGCUACACUGAAAAAUAAAACCAGACUUUGGAGGCCUUGGAAAAAGGCAAUAUUUGAAAAUGUAAAACUACUGUAGGCUUGCGGCAUACAGAUUUGUUUUUAUUUUAAAUAUAUUGUCAACAGGACAACUACAGCUAAAUGUAGUUAUUGUUGUCCUAAUGAGUAAUAUGCAAAAAUGUGUAAAAAAAAAAAAAAAUGUGUAAAAUGUUGGAUACUGUGCCUUUAAGAGCUGCAAAACAAAACAGAAGUGAAGGUAUAAAUGCUAAGUGGCAUAUAAAUGCAGUGAAUUUUUUUUCACAAGUCAGCUCCUUGUAUCCAUGCACUAUCCCCUAGAGUGCUCUUCUUGUUAUUAGUUAUAGGUUUUUGUGAAUCCCUAUUAUUUCCAGUCUGAGCGACUUAGUGCCAGUUUAACUCCCUCUCCUCUGUGCACACAAUAGGUUUUUAUCCCAUUGUUGUCCUAAUGCCUAUAGCCUGUCCCUGCAAGCUUUUCAAUGUAAACUCUGCCUUUUCAGAGAAAAGUAUUGUUUACAUUGCUGCCUAGUAACACCUCUAGUGGCAGUCACUCAGACGGCCACUAGAGGUGCUUCCUGGGUCAGUGCUGCACAGUGUAAUUGUAGAGGAAUAGAUAUAGAUGAAUUAUGGGUCAGUGAGUGGCACUGAGGUUCAUCUCCACACAGUGCAUUAGACAUUGAAUGUUCUUUAUAGAGAUGCAUCUCCAUGAGAACAUGUUGAUUGGCAUAGUGUUUUGCUGCACAUGAGUUCCUAUGAGUAAGCAUUACAUUGGCUGAGAUAGUCAUGUUUGAUGAACUCAGCCUAGGAGGCAGAGUGGGGCGGGACCAGCCAAAACAAGCCCUGCAUGCACUAGAAAAAAGGUGAGUUUUACAUUGUUUUUCAAGUAAGCACAGAAGGGCAGAUGGCAUGAAUAGUGAUUUUAAAACUAUGAUGUCAGGAAUGCAUGUUUGUAUUCCUGACACUAUAGAGUUCCUUUAAUACUACUUUCAUAUUUAAUUCAAAUUUUGUUUUAGUUAAUUCAGAAUACGUUUUGUUAAUUUAUAGCUUAGUUUUAUUGCAUGGACAAAUAUAUACCUGUAUCUUUUGGUUUUAGUACUUUAGCAUUUUAGAGAGAUUUCUAUGCAAAUAUGCAAGACCUGUACAUUUAAAAGUAUACUAACUUUAAAAAUUAAAAUGUAUAUUUUUGAACUAACCAGUCAUGAUAGAUUCACUUUAACUGUAAUCUCCACCCAAGGCAAUGAAUAAAACAUUUAUCAUAGAGAUGCAUCAUAUAUUCGGUGUAAAUUUUGUUAGAUAAGAACAUUUCUUACCUUCAGUACAGCUUCUCUAUGGCAUUAUAUUACUGUAACAACAGCCUCCAGCAACACCGGUGUCCUGUCCAUGCUGUGCCUUGAUUUGCUCUGCUUGGUAGACCAAACCUUCUACAUGGCUCAGACACCAGCGCAUAAACCGUGAUAUCAGUUGCCUGUUCCUAUACUCUUUAACCACCACUGGAGUAACCAUAGCAUUCACAGCGCACGCCUUGUGAAAGCCUUUUCUACUCUCUAUCGAUAAAGUCUAUUUUUGUUGUUGAUAUAUACUUAAGCUCUUGUUUACAAACUGUUGUAGUAGUUAUGGUGCCAGGGGUGCUCGGGUACCCCCCCACCCCUCCCCAAUGUAAGUGGUCAAACCAUUUGUUAAUGGUUUGUCAACUUAACCGGGGUUUGCUGGGUUCCAGUCAUUCUCUGUAGAAGCUGAGCCCGGCUGUGCAGGGUUUAGCUCAUUGGCUGAGAGUGAUCAGUUGAUACAGAACUUGGUUCAGAAGUGCAAGCAGAAUCUCUGGGCAGGAGCUUAAAGCACCCAGCAGACCCCAAAAAUUAUUCUCCAGUCAUUAGCAAACACUACUGGUAUGGAAUAGGGCACCAUAACCACUAUACUGUGCUGUAGUAAUUAUGGUGCUUGGAGUGUUCCUUUAAAAGAAAUGGGGCGUAGAUAGCAUUUAGCCUUUUACAAGCAUCUAUAAAGUGUGUUUUAGAAUUUCACUUCAACCAAAUAUUAAAAUAUAAACUAUAUAUUGUACAUGAAAUAAGUCACAAAUGUAUAGAUUAAAUACCGAUUGUACUUCCAUGAACCAGGCACGAUGGAUUUGGGAGCGCUAACUGCAGCGAGUGUGGCUUUAUAUAGGGCGAUGCCUAUUUAUGUCCCAAUUUCUUUUAAUGAUGGAUAUAUCAUAUUGGUUGGCAGUGAUUGCUGUAUGGUUCAUACUUUAUACUACUUCUUUUUAGUUAUCGGAUAAAUGGGACAACCAGCAGAAAAAACUAGAGGAAAAACAGGCGGAGGGUUUACAGAAGAUCAGAAACAACGGAGAGCAGGUAAUAUGUCUACUGCGUGUAAUAAAUGAAAAUGUCAUUAUUCAUUCACGCAAUUCACGUAACAGAUUUCCUCACGUAAGUAACAUUUGUCUGGAUUCUAACCCAACUUGCAAAUGUCUAGUAAAGAAUUCCUUUUUCCAUUGAUCAAAUUUUGGGACUUCAGAGGCUCAAGCUAAAGAUCCCUUAUAAAAGCAGGAGGAGGGAGAUCACAAUGCUCUUCAUGUCAAAGCUGUCAUGAUUCUCCCUAGUCUGUUUUACUGUAACCGAGCCUCAAGCAGCCUUGCAAAUGUAGGGGAGGUUAUGAUGGGCAUCUGACUCCCCUUUCAUCCCGUAAGACAUGCAUCUGUCCUGGAUGUUGUUUUAAACAAAAGAGAAAGUAGUCUCCCUGUGUGAACAAUGCAAAUAACUGACGGAUAUGACAGUAUAUUUGGCACAUGGGAAAACCAUACAUAGAGAAAGCAAGGAGAUACCAAAACAUUAUGAAAAACAACAAACAAUUCAGGCCCUAUACAACAUCUAAUUCAUAAACUCUAAAACAAAUUUUGUUUUUAAAUUACAAUAUUUCUGAAUUAAAGGGACACUACAGGCACCCAGACCACUUCAGCUCAUUAAAGUGGUCUGGGUGCACUGUCCCUUAACCAUGAAAAGGUAAUUAUUGUAGUUUUGAAUAAACUGCAAUAGUUACCUUUGAGGGUUAACUCCACCUUUAGUGACGGACAGCCACUAGAGUGACUUCCAGGUCGUUAGGCGACUUUUGGUUGCUUAACUGAAGCUGGACGUUCUUACACUAUGCAUGAAGACAUGCAGCGUCACCUAAAACCUCAUAUGGCGGAUUUCCUGAUGCCAUCGUCGCGCAUGCAUAUUCGGUUUCCCCCGCUUGCUGAUGUCGACGGGGGAGGAGCCUGAAGUGACAGAAGUGAGUUUUUUUUUAACCCCUUCUGCACCACUGGGGAUGGGGACACUAUAGAGAGCUAUAGUGCCAGGAAGAAAAAAAAAAGAAAAAAGUUUCCUGGCACUAUAGUCUUUGUGAACAGUCCAAAAUGUACAAGGCAUUUAGCAAAUACAUGGGCUCAUUUAACAGGAGAUAAAAGUUAUGGUUAAAUGUGACCUUGCAGGCUGUCCGCAAAAGAGUCCUCAUCUGGAAAUCAGACUGUCAGCUCUGCAGACGAUAUACAGAUGUGUGUGACAUAGCCUAUUGCUUCGAAGCUCCUAUAUUUAUCGAUAUCUCAAAAAGCAAUCAGCCAGUGAUUCCGGCACAUUUUACACAACAAUGUAGCUUGGGAUAGACGAUUAACUAGAUCUACAAUAUGAACAACAUUUUUAUCAAUACUUUUAAGAAAGAUCCAGUUUCUAUCUAACAAUCAGGGACAAUGCAAUUAUAAUACAGAUAUACUUUGCUUCGUCAGGUAGCCUUGUAUAAUAAUGCUAUUUAAAACUACUUGAAAAGGAAAUGAUCUUGGUAGCAUUUAGUUUUAUAGGAGCACAUUAACAUAUUUCCAACAUUGACUUCCUGGGAGUAGUCUGCAUUACCAGCCAGAUCAAACAUUGAGGGUUCUGUAUAGAACAAGUCUGAAAAGUGGAGCAAGUAUGGAAAAAGGGUGAAGUCACUAAUGCACACUGGUUUCCAUAGCGAUUGCCCCACUUUUAGAAUUUGAAAGCACUUUUUUUUUCCCACUUCGUUAUACUGGCCUUAACUUUGAAUUAACUUACAUAUAAAUACAUAAAUGCAGUUACAGAUCCAAAUAGGCAAUGACUUACUUUUUGUGUUGAACAGGCUCAAAAAACAUUCCAAGCAGAAUACGAAGAAAAGCUUACGAAUUUAGGAACUGAAGUGUCAGACUCGGUGCACAGUUGCAUGGUAUCCUUAUUUCCUGUGGAGGCUGCAAUUGUUAAAAAGGACACACAGAAUUGUGCAAUGAACAAGUGGGAAUUUCUCUUCGCAAAAACGGACUUGGGAGAAUCAUUGGCAAAGAAGGAAGCAACCAAUGUGGAAGACAUGACACAAAAAGCCAUGGAUGAGAUUUCUAGUGAAGAUCCAGUGGUGGCCAAGACUACUACAGAGGAUCUAUCUGACAAUGACACAACAACAAUGGCAUUGGCUAAAUCAGCUCAAGUAGAGACCAAAGAUGAAACAGCUAAACUUAUUCCAGAAGAGUCUUCACAUUAAGGUUUCAUGCUGGAUGCAAUCAACUGUUAUUGGGUUCUGAAACACUAGACAUGUUCUCUAUCAAUCUAUCAAGAAAAAAACAAAACUAUUUAUACAACAGUUAUCAUCAAAAGACAAUGUCCUGGUCCAUUAAGUACGUCCGGUAGACACGCCUUCGGUUACACCCAAAGCAGCUUUAUAGAUGUUUAGAUGACUUGCGUACAAAUCCGUUUCAGCUACGUUGAGCCAACUAAAUUCCUGUUAAUCCAUGCCCGGUCAAAUCAAUCCAGCCAGGAUUUACCUGUGUAAUCUUAAGACAAUUUGUUUCGGCAUAAAUCAACUGGAACUUGAUUUGUUUGACACAGCUGAAAAAUAUUUGUGCACAAGUCUAGAGUUUAGAAAUGCUAAUUAUGUUAAUAAUGUUUUUAUUCUCCUCUUGUACAACUAAUACCGCUUUUAUUUAUAUUUAUAUACACACAUACAUGUGCCUUCUUUCUCAUCUGUAGAGACUCCCUUUGCUAUCUUCCUUCAAUCACUUUCUACACAUAUCUAAUACUGCACAAGUACUUUCAGUGUCUGGAUGUGCAGCUAGCAGGAUUUCAUUUCAAACUAAACGACUCAGUGGAAACAAUUGGGGAUAUUUUUAAAGUGGGAUUGUGGAUCAAAGUGCUAAAAGCGAAGCAAUUGCCAUGGAUCCAAUGGAAUGAUUCUGCCGAUUACUCCAUAUACAACACGUUUCUCCACGAUCGCUCUUAAAAGCAAACAUCCCAUAGACCCUCCUGGAAACCACAUGGCCAGAUGGUCAGACUGCAUAAAUACAUUUGCAACACACACUGGUAAAUAGUGAGAUUGGAGUGUUGCAGCUACCUCCUUGGUUGUACAAGAUCAGAGAACUGCAACUAGUUUAACAAUAUUAGUGGCGUUUAUUAAUGGGAAAUGUAUUCCAUUACUGUUUGUGUAUGUCUCUUUAUAUAUACUGUAACUUAAAUAACUUGUUUUCAUAAGUAGCACAAUUAAUGUCUGAUCGAAUAUAUAAAUCAUGCACUCAGUGGGUCCCACAGCUGACUUUUUAUAUUGUGGAAAACGGAGCUGGACUCACUCUGGGUUUUUCAAUAAAAUGUGAUUUUUUUGGAAUUUAAACAGAUUUUGAAAUGUUAGGCCUUCUCUCCAAGUAUCACCUCUCCCAUUUUAUUUACUUGCCUUUAUAUUGUCCUCUUCCUAAAGUUCUCAUUUUGGUUUUCUCCGGUCUUCCUGUUCCAUGAUAUAACAUACUUUUGGAUACCUGGCUGAGUAAAUAAUGAUAAAAUGUAAACAAAAAAUAGAUUGCAAUAACUAAUUGGGCCGCAAUACAAAUUCAUGUGCCACCGCCAUAUAUUGUAUCAAGGUUAUUCAAUAAAGUUUAACUUGUCAGAAAUGCAUCAUUUUUAACCAGAAUAGCAGAUUGGGAGAAUUUUUCUAGUUAAGCUUUAAUUAUUAUUUUUUAAUGAAUAACCCGGAGAGUUUUCGGAUAUAAAACAGGAUGUAAGCAAGGAUAAACGUAGUCUAACGUGUAUAUAUAUACACACCUGAAACCAAUUUGCAAAUAUCUUUUAAAAUGUCCUUGUAUAGACAACCUGCCCCUUCAGUUGUUACAGAAUCCUCUCCCAAUACAUCAAGGUCAUGUAACCUAAAAGAACAGAAGUGUCUGGGAUUACAUAUGUCCGGUGGUAUUUUUUAUAUAUAUUAUAUAAAUAAAUCUUAUGAACAGUUAUGUAUUUAUAUUUUAAACAAGAGAAAAGUCUCUGGUUUCUAUCUAGUUCAUGGUAUGUGAGUUUGUGGCAUUUCCUUUGUGAAAGAUAAAUGGUACUAUAUUUAAGGUAGAUUGUAG